AUGAAAAGUGACAACAGAAAGCCACAGCACUGGAAGGUUGCAGAAAGAGCAGCGAGUGAGAGAAGAAAAGUAUUACCCGCCAAAACACGUCGUUUGCUCGGCUUUUUUUGUUUACACUUCAUUUCAUUAACUUUCUCAAAUAGGCAUUAAUCAGCCAUGCAAAUUCUUAUUAGCCACUGUAGAUUCUUUCGUUAGACCAGAUCUCUGGCCAAAUUUAUUCCUUUUUAGAUUUUUAUCAAUUCUCCUUUUUUCUUUUUUCUUCAUUUUCAUGGCAACGUUACUGCAUUUCCAUGUAUGUGCUUAGAGACCAUUUAUUGAAUAAUCUUGAGAAAGUGCACUCGGGGUUGCGGGGUUGUAAAAUUGCAUGUAAAUUUUACCCCAACUGAGCGGGUUACCGCACCUGUCUGGGGUCUCUCACCUCAAUGUAAACAGUUCCUUAGAACUACAGUGGAAGUCAUUGAGAGCUUUGCCGAAACAGUGUGAUGCACGUACAAUUUUUUUUGCCUUAAAAAACCUAAUUGUAAUUCGACGUUUUCGCUGCCCUCGUCGUCGUGGUUGCGGCUUAAGCUCCCUAAUAGUAUCAGGUCGGAGAUUGGUAGCUCUUUGUUUUUCUUUUUUCACAACCCACUUACGUAUAUGUUUUCAUAUUUUUAGCCCAGUUUGAAUGCAAAAUGCCUUUAGGUAUGGAAAAUGGUAAGAUUUCUGAUGCUGAGAUCGAGACCGAGACUAAUAGUUUUGAUGCUAAUUCCGGGCCUGAGAAAGCCAGACUGAGGUCGCCAACGGGAUACCGCGCCGAUCCAGAGGCUUUGAACCGAACUUUACUGAAUUACAUAUUGGUCAAAUUACCCAAGGAAAUGAUUAUAACAGGAAUCGCCACACAGGGCCUUGGUAAAGAGUGGGUGAAAAAGUUUGAACUGUUAGCUGACAAAAAUCAAAGUGAAUUGAUCAGUUUCAAGGACGUUGUUAAUGGUACGACUCUUAGAAAGGUAAGACAAUUAUCUACGGCUUGCCUGCAAUAGUAAAUGCUGUUUGCGCAAUUUUUGUGGAUUUCACUGAAUGCAAAAUACUUCUAUUAUAAUUCGAUCUUUUUCACGAGUAGCUGUAGAAAGCACGGAUUCUGGAUGGAGAAUGCGGUAUUAAUAUUAGUAUAGUUGGGAAAUAGAUUCAGCUAGAGGUUGUCGUGAGCACAGUUUUCUUAAUACGAUAUGACAUUUACGGUUGUGAAAAAUUUUUAAGGACUGAUUCGGCUUGAGAUUGUAAAGAAGGUAAAGUGAUAUCUUUACUGCAAAGGCUACCACAAAAAGACAUAACUUGCCUGGAUUACUUGCAUGGUGACGCAUUUAGAUAGUUGAUUAUGAAUGAUGUGUUUGUAAGUUAACUAUCCGUUGAUUAAUUAUUGAAUUUCUUGUUUGCAGAAAUUUAAGGGUAAUACUGAUGGCGAUAGUAUCGUGUUCAAUUCAGUUCCGUUUCCGCUGAAGACAGCAGAAGUCUAUUUACACCCAACGGAUUGGCAUAAGAAUAUUGCUUUGCGAUUUGAAAUUUACGGCUGUGAACCAAGUAAGAAACAUCGCCUCUUAAUACCUAUUUAAUUUUGCACUGCGUUAAUUUGCUAAUCGCUAAGUUGUUAAACCCGCUGCUACAUAUAUACUUACUCCACUAACUAAUUAAAAACAACAGUUGUCGGGUAAGAAAUAGGUGAUGCUUAACUUGAUUAUUUUGUGACUAAAUAUUAAUUAGAAAUUGACGUUUGUAGCGCAAAGAAGUUAGAUUUCUUGACAUUUGAUUUCACAAUAAAGUAGACAAAGUCCGAGUAUUUUUACGAUAUAAAAUGAUGUAACUGCAUGCAUUUUCUUAGGCUAAAUAAGGUGAAAGAACGUGCGAUUUUGUAAUAGUCACUUAAUUUAGAUACAUUACAAUGGGAACUUUUACUGUACAUGUGAUGAAUCCUUACGCAAGGAUAGUAGGAAAACCACUGUAUACUUAGAAUGUUUUAGUUGAUCGUUUAGUUACGUUGAUGGUUGAUCGUUGUGUUUCAACCGUUGAAUGUGUGAGAAUUGUACAUCGCAGUAGACUGUUGGAUUGGAUUAAAUCGUGUUUUUACAUUCCUCUUGAUUUGUGUGAACCAGCGAGCGGGGUUAUAAGAAUUCGGCAAUGUCUGUCAGAAAACCUCAAAUGUCUUCUGUUUGCAGCUUCGUACGACUCCACGAUCGUCACUUUAAAGCAGUGCAUUUUAUUCGCAAUGUCUAUCAAAAUAUACUGUUUUCAAAUUCAGUUCAAUUCAUUUUUAUUCACACUUUUACGAAAUAUUUACAUUACACUGUAUAUAUAGUAAGGUAGGAAUACACGAAUAAAGAAAAAGAAAAAGAAGAAGAAGAAGGAAAAAAGAAAUUAAUGGCUUGGAUAGAAGUGUACGGUGGUCAGAGGAGCUUAGCUCUCGAGCUAACCACCGCUAUAUUAUGAGUGGAAAUACAUAAAAAAUGUGCGCUAAUGGUGCCAUGGCAACUAUGGACGAUUAUGUCAGUCGUCAUUUUAUGUGAAACAGUCAUAUUACAUUGUUACCUUUGAAAGUUAAGUAGAAUUCGCUUGUAUUCUUUUUUGAACUUAUGGUAGCUAAGUAUUUUAGUAGGAAUCUCUUCCCAAGUUUUGGUUAUGGCAAACUUAAUUGUGUGUUUGCGUAAUUUGACCUUAAACGUGGUGCAUGAAAGUUAAGAUGUAAGGCAUAUCUGGUUUUGUGUGAGUGAAUCUCGAAAUUUGAGGUAGGGUGCACUACUUUCUCUACUAUGGCUAAAAAAUAUGCAGCGUAUACAUUUAUUUUGUUUUGUUUGAACUCUAGUUAAUCUAAUAGGUAUGUGUUUCCCCAACUCAUAAUUCCAUAAUGAAGGUAGGGGUAGAUAAGUGAGUAAAGGUUAUUAGCUGAGCAGUGUAUAGCUAAAAAGAUGGUUGAAUUCCUCAUUUAUAGUUUUUGCAAGGUCCUGUAGAAAAUUGGAAGAGUAGAAUAGAGUGGUGUCAUCAGCAAAUGUUCUAAUAUUUGACUUUUCUAAACAAUUGGGCAUGUCAUAUAUAUAUAUCAAAAAACGAAGUGGGCCAAGGGUAGAACCUUGUGGUACACCACCUUGGAUAGAAAGUGGGUUUGAUUUAACAUUUUCAACUUCAAGAUACUGUCUUCUGCUUUCAAGAUAGCUUUUAAACCACUGGAGAGGGACACCACGGACCCCGUAUCUGUAUAAUUUCUGUAGUAGGAUCUGAUGGUUGACAGUAUCAAGGCUCUAGAUAGGUCAAGAAAAAUACUGCAUGUAGCUUCAUUGCUGUCAAUUUUUAUUUUAAGGUUGUCAGUGAGUUCAAGAAUUGCUUGCUCAGUAGAAUAAUUUAUCCUCAAGCCAAAUUGGUGUUUAAACAGAAAAAAAUGCCCGGCCUAAUGAUUUUUCGGUCAUGGUCUAAGGAAUAUUUAUACCUCCUUGCCCGCUUGUCUUUUAUACCCUUAUUAUUAAGAGAAUCUUUGGCUAAAUUCAGGGGUCAUCAGUCGAGCUAUGUUUGCAAGAGCGCUUAAAGAAAUAAGGAACAACGAUGUGUUUGGGUAUAAUUUUGGCCACGCAAGAUGGCCGAUUUAUUGAUUAAAUAUAACAUCUUCAAACACAUUUAAAUAGCUAUGAUUAUUUGAUUUUUUACGCUCUGGCAAAGGUGAAGGCGGAGAAAAAAGGCAGCCAGAGUAAAUAAACUACUAUUAAGAAAGAGGCGGAGGAAGGGAGGAGGAGUGUUAAAUUCGCAAAGCUUGUUACAUCAGGAGACCAAGAGCAAGACUUCGGAGAACACAGUUUGUCUUACACCCUAACCUUAAAUGAAGUCGAGGCUAAGUACUUUUCCGAAAGAGCUCGUGACUGGUAGUUUUACAGCAAGUAAUAUUCCGGCAAGUAAUUUACCAGCUAGUGAUUUCCCGGCUAGUAAUUUUCCGAUUGAUCUCGUGAUAAUCGUGUGAUCAAUACUUGACUACUGUGUGUCAAAUUGGACCCUGCUCACAGCUCUUCCCUGCCGAUUACCUAUGUUAAAGGUGAAUGCGUGACUAGGAUUAAGUGCCCCUCUUAGCAAAAUAACAUAAAUCAUUGCGUGACUAGGUGACAUAAACAUUUUUAUUUGUAGGCAAAUAAACUCCUUUUCCAUGAAUUUGAUGUCUUUUUCCUAGAUUACUAUUUCACUGUUUGGCUUGAAGUCCUGGGCACCAAAUUUUCUCUGAAGUAUAUGGAUCGUGAUGACGUCGACACAAAGAACAUGGAAAUUGAGCUUCUGAACCAGGUAUACGCUUGAUAUUGAUAUUAGGGCUUACUUGAUAAAGUGUACUUUAGGCUGAAAAAUUGUUGUAGGGCGUGGAAGGAAUCAAUUGAGAAAAAUAUUAUUGUUCCCCUUCAUUUAAAGUAUUGCAUCAAUUUGCAGGAUGAACAGUAUCUUCAAAAUGUGGCUGGAUUUAUCUCAACUCAAUCUCCAAGGGGACGUAAACGAACCCAUAUUGUACACUGUUGGAAAAGAGUAGGGGACGUUUCCCGAGUGGCAGCGUGGUGUAUCAGUCCCGAAAUAUAAUUUUAUGCUUUAAGGUGUUUCGUUAUAGUUUUUUAGAGGCAAUACCGAUAUUUUUCAAUCGCUUUAAAAGUGAUUUUGUCCUUGUCUGAUCGCUAUAAAAUUUUUACCAAUGAUUGACUAUAGAUUGAAAUUUGUCAAAAUUUAGAUUUUAGGAAAAUCCAAAUAUGACAACAAUAAACAAAAAACUUUGAAACUGAUAAACACCUGAUUUUGUACGAUCUAGACCAGCUAAUGAAAAUCCAACUCUAGGAACUUAAAGUUUCGUGUUUAGCAAAUAACCUUCGUAAGAAGUAAAAAGUUCUGUAUGUUUGAAUUCGACUAAAACGAAAAUACAUUGCAAACCUUAAAUUUUCAAUAGCCGUAGAUAAAUAGAUUAAAUAGAUUAUUUAAUAAAAACACUAUAAAUGACUCAAAAUAUUCUUAAGUAGCGUCAGAAUGCUGCUUAAUAUCAUAUUUCGAUGCUAGGAAAUUUUGGUCUAUUUUCGUUCUUUUUUUUCUGACCCGUUUUCUCACCAACUGUCUAAGUGCAACUUCAUUCAAAAUUUGGACUUUUAGCGCUUUUUUGUAUAUCUCUGAAACGACUCGGACGAAUUUUUUUAAAAUCUUUUCACAUAUCCUACGAACCGAUAAAAAAUCCGCGCUACAACAUUCGCUGUUUUGACGUUAUGCUAAUUUUUCCAAAUUAACGCGGACAAGACAUAUAUCUAUGACCAGUACAUUGCAGUGUGAGUAUUAUCAAUGUUUCACAUUCAAAUGCAAUAAAUUCAAACUAACAUGUACUAGUCAUGGAGGUAUGUAUAGUGCGCACUAUUUUGGAAAAAUACUGUGUCUCAGAGUAAAGGCUCAACGGUAUUUUGUAAGCUUCAGUUACAUGCUCUUAGCAAGAAAACCGUGCCUAAAAUUUCGCUUAAUCCUAGGUUAAAACUUGACCAUCUUUCUGGGAAACUGGCCCUGUUGGUUUUUUUUAAAUUAAAAAUUGCAUCAAUUUGCAGGUUGAAAAGUAUCUUCAAAAUGUGGCUGGAUUCAUCUCCGUUGAACUUGAUCGCUUCAGGUUGGAAACCAUUGUUGAUACUGAAGGUUUAUGAAUAAUAAUUUCUUGGUCCAUUGCUACUUUUUCAGUGACAAACUGGGUGGAUUUAAAGUUAUUAUUGACAGCCAGAUAAAUUUCUUUUUUUACUGCUAUUGAGCUGACAACUGAGAAAGGAAAACAGACAACAACAUAGUUAACUUCACCUGUUCCAGCCAGGACGGUGAUUUACAUUUAUAAAAAUGUUAGAGGGUGCAAGGAUUUAGUCGAUUCAAUAUACAUGAAUACUGAGCAAUUCAUUAACAUUCUUUACGUCAAGACAUGCAUUCUCUUUAUGGAAAGAAGAGAUUUUACACUUGUUUUCAAACAGUUAGACAACCGAUUUGAAAGUUUUUUAAAGUAAAUAGAUAUAUGAACUAAACUUCUUAUAGCUGUCAAACUGGCCACUGUUCUUGUUUUUCCGGGUGUCUGCCCGCAUUUCUUCCGUGAUCAUUUUUCAUUGGUGUAGAUAAAUGUCUGUUAAAUGAGAUUUGGUUUACUCAGAAUAAAAAGUUUACAGCCUUUUAGUUGCUUUAUUCUAUGUCCCCUUGUUUUUCAGUCUCCCACUUGGUGAUGAGAGUACAGGCCGCAUUCGUGAUAAGUCAGUUGGAAUGAUUGCUGAGGUCAAUAUUUAUUGCGUGGAAUACUCCAAAGCUAAGAUUUUAAAGCAACUGGAGGAGUCGUUGACCAAACAGGGAAAUAUAUCUGCUCUCAUUGGAAAAACUCUUCCUCAAGUUCUGUCUCGAACAGGUACCUAUACGUUCGUGCAUAUAUUAUCCACCCUCCAGACUAACAAGGUCCUUGCUAAUCCAUCGCACGGAAUGGAAUGAGGAAUUAACUUUGAACUUACGCAACCAUACCACGUACAGGACGGAAGGGGAAAGAAGACGGCAAACGUUGUGUGACAAGCGUGACAACAAUUAUGUUUGGAAAAAUUUUCCGCCAAACUUUACCUUCCUUUAAAGAGAUGUCUCUUUAAAAGACGAUAAAACACCAAGGUUAAGUGAAGAACAGACAAAACAUGUACGUAAUGGGCGUGUCACGUUUGUCAAACACAAACAGUUUGCCGUCCUCCUCUUCGUAAGGAGCUCUCGAGUUUCGAACUUCUAGAGUUGUUUGCCAAAAAAAUGGCUUAAAAGUUUGUUCGGUGAAGAUGGCUGUGAAAAUUGGCCUCGUUCUUUUGCCUUUUUAUGAACCUCGACUACUCGUCAAGUCAGUUAAAACGAACUUCAGGCCAAUAUCCAGCCGCCUAGGUCACAUACUCUGUCAAUAAACCAAUAUUGCUUCAAUUAGUUUAAUUUGGUACUGACUCAGACGGAACCUAAUCGUGACCUUUCAGUAAAAACGUGGUUAAAGGGACUGUGUCACGAUAGUGCGCAUGUGUGAGCUGUGACAGUAGCUGAUUGUCUUUGAACCAAUCGGAAGCGAGUAAUAUGCACGCGAGGAAAUUGACAUAAUUUAAGAUUCAUUGUUCGCGAAGCGCGAGUCUUCCGAACGUUUAUGUUCGAUUUUAUAUAUUCCCAUAAUUCAUACGUAUUCUCUGGUAUUCCUCAGAUAAAUGUUGCAGCCUAUAAGAAUAAGAUUAACAACCCUGUCCUGCUUUGAAACAAACAUUUACCUACGUGUAUUUUUACGUACACACGCUAAAAAACCAGUCUCCCAUCCGAAAACAAAAAUAAUUUGUAAACAAACCUUACUGAUCUCUCUGUUUAUCCUAUAUAAACUUAGAAAUACCUGCAAGGAGCUCCUGACCGGCGAUCAAAACACACAGUACAGGAUGAGGCAAACGUUUUGCUUAAAAUGCGAGCUAGGUGCGCGCUAUAAUAAAAUAAGCCAUGCCAUGCGGUCGGCUAGCGCGGUGAACACUGUAGCUCAGUCGAUUGAUACCAGCUGAAAAUCGUAACAGUGUUUGAAACAAUUCUUAGUGCUUCAUCAUAAAACGCUUUCACUGGAAUAGUAGCCACAUAACGUAUAAGUAUAAAGAUUAUUCUAAAAGAACAAAGCAAAAAAAAAGGCAUAAACAGGAGCCCAUCACAAUGGCAUAAAUUUCAACUGAUUAUCAGCAAAUAAAAAAAUACCUUCCGAGUCGUUGCGUCGGGUGUUCCGCAAAACAAACGUUAUCGAUACAACAGAUAAAGAGACCAGAUGUUAAACGGAACAUUCAGGGAACAUUUUAUUUUUAAAAGUUCAAUUCUUAAAAAUCUACGCUCAUACAGAAAAGAUACAGGGAACAUUCCCAGUGAACUACAUCAGUAAAGAUCGCGCGGCCUGUUGUCAGUACUUUCUGCUAUACAACUACGGAUUGGAGUCAUAAAUAGCUAUAAAUCGAAUGCCUGUUAAAACGUUUCAUGUUUUAAGGAUUGUUUCCUCAAACCUCACACGACUUCCUGUGCAACAAAAGAUUCCUGGGUUUUCUCCUUCUGAUUCCAGACACUCGAUAAACUAAAUUGUUGCAGAAAAUCGGAAGUCAUGUCGCAGAUAAGCUUCACUCGCCGCUGCGACCCAUUAGUAGUCCACGGCUGUAUCGAGGAAACCCUUUUUAACUCUCUUUACAUAUUUAUCGUUUAAAAAAUAUCCGUCAAAGAUAGAUCGUUGACUGGAGAACCUUAAUAGACAGAAAUGAAAGCCAGAUGACCAUAAUGUGCCGUGAUUAAAGGCCACAUUUGAUCCGUUUGUAGGAAAACUGACAACAACGAACUUGGCCUCGUACGGUUCUCCUCAAUGACUUCGAAUGUUCUCGAUAAUACUUGCACAAAAAUACAAAAUAUGGCGUUUAAAACUUCCCAAAUGGACCAAAUAGCUCUUGAAUACUGAUAUUAUGGCUUUCUCUGGCGUCUCAGGGUCGAUGGAAGAGGAUUUCUUCACCAGAUGCCAAUCUUGAAAAACUGUUCGCCGGAACAGAAAUCAAGUUGCCGCACAUGCGCAGAGACGUGUCAAAGUCCCUUUAAUGUAAUUUCUAUACUAACAGUUUUUGAUCAACGAGGUAUACACAAGAAAGCAAUUUUAGUUCUCUAUCAAAUCAGUAUAGUCGAAACAGCAAAAUAAUCCGUAAGAAAACUUAUGGUUGUGUAUUGUGUUUUUUCUGAAUUCCCUAAAUGACAAAGUCCAUAUCGAUUUUUGAGUAUUAUUGUCUUAUUUUUCAUCAGUUAACGAACAGUGCGACGUGCUGAGUGUGAAUGUAAGUCUUAACAAGGAUCCUUGGAACCCGACUGUUGUAAUAGUUACUAACAGGAAACCCAGAUUUCUUGCUACAGCACAUAUUAACUCUGAAUGCAGAGAAAUAAAAGAUUUACUGUACAGAUGGGAAGUGGCAAGGGUUGACAAGGUGUUGGGUAUGUUUGAUGGAGCUUACCUAUCUAGCCUCAUGAGCGAGCAAGAAAACAAUUUUAGUGUUCCUCUUGGACAAUCCGGAUUACAUUAUGUCAGGUGCCUUAUAAGACGUCGUUCCCGAGGAAUACAUAUAAUCACAUAUGACUUUGGAUUUAUUGAAACAGUGCCUGUGCGUUCAUUGCAAUGUAAUAUAACACCGACAAAAGGAAUGGCUCUCUUGGAGAAAUUUUCGCUUAAUUGUAGUGGUGGAUACGAAAACGUAGCAGUAGCUAAUUACACCGUCAAGUUUAAUUCAAGUAGGGGUCCUUUGGUUAUAGACUUGCGAACUCCAGAUGACACUAUCCGUCUUCCUGCUGGUGACCAUUUGCACGAUUACACAUUUCGGUUGAAUGUGGAAGCCCAUUUUUCAGCACUUCAAUCACUCCACAGUUACGUGUUUGUAAAGGUAUACUUCACUAGUUUAUAAUAUAGAUAAGCAUGGGCAUGGACACCUCUAGGCAAGUACGCUCUUCGUGCCCUUUUUAAAAAUGUCGACGAUUGAUAAAAACAAGAACAGAAAAACCAUACAAAAAGGACAAAACGAAAAUAGGGAUAGCUGAAAGACGGUGCAGUUUGCUAUGUAACUCGCUGGCUUUAACUUCAGAUAAUUUUUCGAAACACGAUGCGAUGUUUUCCCCGAUCUUGCCACGCGUGUGAGAGCUUCCUGAAGAGCUCCGUCUUGUGACCAAAAGACAUUGAAACAACACCCUAAUAAUAAAAAAAACUGAAAUCACUAGCGUGGAAACCAUUUGAGAGAAGAGGGCAGGGAUGAUUUGGAAAACUAGCUACCCCCUGACAAAAUUGAUCGUUUUUUACUUUCAGCUUUGCGGUUCAGGGAUUGCUUUUAACUGAAAGAAAUGCAUCAAAGUGACAUGAGGAGAUUAGCCUGUGAACAGGCCUUUGGUCGAGCGGGGAACUAGGGAGAGGAAAAAGCGAAAAGGCCUGUAGACAAACAUUUGGGACCGCCGUUCAACGGCACCCGCUGUGCAUCAGAUUCUGAUGCAAGUUGUUAUUGGCGAGAACACUGACUGUUGACAGGUCUGAUUGAAAUCGGCUUUUCGGUCGGCAUGUAGCAAGCGUUUUGAUCACAAAGUGGAAAUAACAAAACACUCCAAAGACUGUUACGCUUGUUCAAAAGCUAUUACCAAGGGAGGAACUACGCGCUCCAGUCAAAAGACUCAAACUAUCUUUAGAAAAACACUAGGCUGGAGUUUACCGAGUCACAAUGCAAUUCUCCAUAGUUGAUGUAGCUUCAGUUUAAGCUGCACUUGAAUCUUAUAACUUUGGAUCUGUAAAUUACUAUCCAUGAUAAUUUUUAAACAUUCUACAAAGAAAACUAACGAGCUAGACCCAGCGUGAUACAACAUUUCAGAAAAACAUUAUAUUCACGGACUAAAGAAAACCGCUUAGUUGUUCAGAUCCAGAAGGAACUUUGGAGAAAUUAAGACCCUUAUUCAGCCGCACUAAAAAGCUUUACGCUUAAAAAGAGGUCAAAGAAAAUGCUCUUGCAUCAGGGGGCAAAUCCUGCCGAACAGAGACAAAAACCAUAGUAAAUUGAUAUGUAUAUGCCAUGACCUGUCAGUGUGAAACAACCUCCGGGCUAAAAUCACGUUUGCUCAGUGAAAAUGUAGAACCUUCCAGAGCAUAAUUUACCCAGCAGAGGACAAAAGUUAUGGGAACAAGCAGCAUUUUGGCGUGAGGUAAACGUUGUGUAGACCUACCGCCCCCUUUUAUUGCUAUAAAUACGAGAUAAUUACCCAAAGGUGUCGGCGACCGAAGCGCUACUAUCUCUUUGUACUUGUCUUUGGAGGUCCACGUUCUGAAGAAGUCAUGAUAGUAUCGGCACCUUUCGCAUUCCAAGUUCGCUCUGCAGGGGCUUGUUAAAUUAGAAACUGAACUAGCAAGACGAACGGCCCGUCGCGCACAAGUUAAGCAGCUUAAAUCGGAAAAAAGAAAAGCUUUCUCCUUGCUCAAGAGGGAAAUCUUGAGGAUUCAAAUGCUUGCGCUAGUACAACGCUGUCUUGGCCACUGUCAACUAGCAAGGUCUCAUUUCUUGAAACGCCAAAGACCGGCAACGUAUUAAUUCCGGCUCUUACGGGCGAUCAACGAUUUUUUGCAAAAUUGACAAUUAGGCUCGCGGUCCAUUUCACUUUGUUUUGAGACGGAGCCAAACACGGUUCAUUUCCCGUUAAUUUUACCAGGAGUUACUCACGCGCGAAACUGAUUGACAGAUAAUGAUCUUACUGACAGAUGUUCGGCAAGAUAAUAGCGGCCCCAAAUGUUUGUCUACAGGCUCUCUCCCCCCUCCCCCCCUUUCCCUUCCCUUUCCUUGCUAUUUUUUUUCCCAAACAGGGAGCCUGUUCACAGGCUAUGAGGAGAUUGGUUAAUUAGACACGGAAAAUCGAAUACAAUAAAUGAUGCCCAGUGUAUUCUUUCAAAAAUCUUCCUCAACAUAACGUGUGUUGGUGCAAGGAGCAACGUUCUUUCGAUUAUUUGAUACAGCCGUUCCCAAAAACAUUGAUUAUUUAUGAACAAAAAAUGUAAUGGGCACUUGCUAUUUUUCAGGUUAUCAUUCCAACAAGAGAAGACAUUUCCAGUAAACCUUGGACAUUAGGAGAUCUUAUAAACAAAGAUUCUUACAGCGAGACGUUUUUAAUUGCCAAAAUAGCUAUAGAGGACUGGGGACUCGAUAAAUUAUCCAAAACUAAGGUUAAAUGAUAUUCCUUGGUUUCCUAACUUAAGAUAAAGCUCAAAAGCGUUAUUUUCUUACGGCGUGGUUCAGCUGAACUGCUUCUUUGUUUAUACCAUAUAUAAUAGGGUCUUUGUUUCGCGCCUUGAGUACCAUUGUCGUAGUUUUUCCGAUUACUCUUUAUGAGCUUAACGUUAUAAUUGACGUUCUCCCCGGCUGAAAUAACAAAGCUCUAAUGAUACAACACGACAAUCUGCCUCCAUAUUGUGAUAAUUUAAUUUUGAAAUUAACGGAGAGAAAGCUUUUAAGCCUUUUUAAAAAAGGUUACGGGCUAAACCGUCUUCAAAAAACCCUAAUUGCAAAUCCUUUAGGAGUCCUCGUCUCCAUCCCUUCUCUUUGUAUUUUUUGCUUACUGUCUUAGGAAUUAAUUCUGCUUCCUUAAGCAGUUUGGUGACCAAUUCCUAAAACUGAAUUUCUAUUUAAUUCUAUUGAAUUGACAUGAGGAAAACCUUAUUUUAGAUAUCAUGGAUCACGGUGCAAAUGCUAUAAUCGGGCCAUCUAGACAAGAUUGGCUAUUCGCAUUAUAGGAAAUUAACGAUACAUCUCUUAAUAGUUAUCUUGUUAUGGUUGUAACUAGAGUACUGAAACAUACCAUUUCUUUUCCUUUUUCCGUUUCAAGAUUAAGAGUGCUUUGAUUCGCUAUUCAAUGAAGACCGAGAAAUAUAGCCUACGUAAUUUGACAGACUGUAUUGUUUUGGUUAAUUCUGUGAAAGACGAAACCACAAACGAAAUACAGGUAAAGAUACGUCAUGCUUUAAAAAUUUUCCUGAGGUCUCAGUUUUAGAGGCGAAUUACCCCUUAAGUUACUGCUCUGUUCAUCAGAAGAUAUCAACCUCAAACAAAAUAGCUUCAGUUUUACAUGUAGCUGCCAAAGGCAAUAAACAAUAUUGCCGUGUUUAGUUAUGAGAAAGAUGUGUUGUUACUACUUGAACUGGUACGGGACGUACAGAACCCACACUGUUUACUACUACAAACGAAUACGGACGUUUUCUCAGUUGCUUGGUAUACUAAUACCUCUGCACACAUAUACCUAAAUCAAUAUAGGUUGUCGUGGCAAUUGGUCAUUAUCAAUUUGAAAUUGGACAUUUGGGCAUACGGAACUCACCGCAUUGAUUUGCUUGAGUGAUCACCAAACAAUAGCCUUCCAGUGCGCAAUUCUAAAUGCCCAAAACAACGUCCAUUAAAUCAUAUAUAUACAGUAGUCUCAUUACUAGAAUCCUAGCUGCAAGCAGUGGCGCCAUUGUAUGCAGAGGUCGGUGCGCAGUGUUAAUAGGGACUGUAAGAUCCAACGACGCGGACGGCAAAGAGAACGUCAAAAAAACAAUAGGUUUUAUAAGCAAAACAACAACUUUGCACGUGUAUCACGCUUUUUUCUACAAUUCUUUGCCUGUUUUUGCACGACUACGACGUGAAAAUGCCUAAUUUCGUCUUUUAUAGAGUACGUAAACAAGCAACGACGAAAUUUCAUUUCUCUUUCCCAACUUGGAUAUGGUCCCUAGGAAUUCCAUUCCAGGAGGGUUCGCCUACAUUUGACAUAUUAAGUGGUUAGGAAUGAUUGCGAUAAAGACUGAAAGCACGCAAAUUAACUUUUUAAGCGACGUUCUUCGUCGUUAGAUCUUAAAGUCCAUAAUAUAAGAUGUACACCUUUUGCUGUUCAUUACGAGAAAAGACCUUAAGCGACGUUCUCGUUGCCGGCGCGUCGUUAGAUCUUAAAGUCCCUAAUAUAAGAUGUACACCUUUUGCUGUUCAUUACGAGAAAAGACGCAAUCGUUGGCGUGAAACGGUGACCAAUAGUUUGAACAUACAUUCAUUAGCGCGAGAAUACGAACAUAUGCGCAUAAAUCAGAUUCAGUUACGAUUUUUGAAUUUUAAUCUACAUUCAAUAACACUUUUGGGCAUUCAUAUGCGUCAUUGGGCAUUCAAAAUAGAAAAAUAUACUUUCAUUAACGCCAACAUCAAAGUCAUUAAUACCAUCUUGAAAGUGAAUAGGGACAACUGAUAUACAUUAAAGUGCAAACACUAUUCAUUAACAUUUAUGACACUGUUUGCAAUUCAGUAGCAUUCCUGGACAGCUUUAGAAUGGAUAGAACAAACAUUAAUGCGCUUGUACAAUCAAUUGAGUGUUCUUUACAUUUAAUAUACAAAAAUCGAUUUUCAAUUAAACAAUAGAAAUUCAAACAAAUUUUUCCUGAAUUUCAGUCCGUUAAAUGUAUAUCCCUCAAAAACCUCGCUAUUUAAACAUUGUGGGAGGUAGUUUUGCGUGAAAAAGGUACCCCUUAGCACAUUUAGCUGCGGUCACAAUGCUAUGUUUCUGCGCAGAGCUUCAAGCACUGCAGUUGUUGUUUCCGAACUCGGCUAGUGGGAUUGCUAGGGCUUUGCUCUCAUUCCUGUUAUACAUCUUUAAAUUUCCGGAUUCGAGAUGUCUGCCUUAGUGUCGCUUUCAGACAACUUAAAUCCUUUUCAACGACGUCGAGGGGGGACACAUAAGCUGUGUACCUAUGGGGCGGGAAUGGCUAAAUCUAGGUGAGCUGGCACCCCGUCAUAUGCAAAGACCACCGACUUAUCGGGAUCCAUUUUUUCCUCGCCCGUGCCAGAAAGUCACCCAAACAUCGAAACAGUAUUCAUUACUCCAGCAGCUGCCGGGGAAAACAUUUGAUAGGUGAUAUUUUCAUGGUCAUAGUCAAGUUUCGUCCUCGUUGGCCGCUGUAUGUUAAAUGUAAAGAAGGCUAAAUUGAUUGUACAAGCGUCUUAUCAUUUCUGAAGCUGUCCAGGAAUGCUAUUGAAUUGCAAACAGUGUCAUAAAAAUGUUAAUGAAUAGCGUUUGCACUUGAAUGUUUGUCUAUUGUCCACAAUGAUUUUCAAGAUAAUGUUAAUGACUCAAAUGUUGUCGUUAAUGAAAGUAUAUUUUUCUCUUUUGUAUGUCGAAUGACGCAAAUGAAUGCCCAAAAAUGUUAUUGAAUGUUGAUUAAAAUGCAUAAAUCGUUAUUGAAUCUGAUUUAUGCGCAAAUGUUUGCUUUCUCGCGCUAAUGAAUGUAUCUUCGCGCUGUUGGUCGCCGUUUCACGCAAAUGUAUGCGUAUUUUCCCGUAAUGAACAGCAAAAGGUGUGCAAGGGACGCGUACUGCUGUCCUCCCAUCCACAUUUUAACAUUCCAUUGAAAAUGAUUUUAGCCUGUUGAAAGCUUAACUUUCUAUUUGCAUUGCAGGAUAUGUCUCUCCACGUGAUUGAAAAGGCUGUUCAACUUUUGGGUAAAUUUCCGGCAGAAAAAAUCUCAGAAGUCAGUAAUAUAACGAGUACACUUCUGAAAGGAGCUGCUCUCAUUCUCGAUAACGCUUCAGAGGAUACCAGAUUUUCGCGACUUCCCAAGAAUGAUAGUCAGAGACAAGAAACUGGUACAGCCAAGGUACAUAGCUACUUCCAUGUGUUAGUGAAAAAACACAAUGUAAUUUGGCUGGUCAUAACUUUCCUACCAGCCAUUAGUAGUAUCGCAGGGGACGAAUAAUCCUUUUUUUGCGGUGGAGGAGAGGAGUGGGAUAAGUAUAAAAUUGUGCUUCUUGCUAAAAGGAGCUAGUUUGCAUUCGAAUUCAUUAACAUCACGAUCUGCAGUGAAUCGCAAUUGGAACAAUUUGUUUUCUGCAAUGGGCAAUGGAGGCGAUAAAAAAAGGAAUUUGCGUAAUUACGUCAUGCUUCAACGAUUUUGAGUAACAGGCGAGUUAUCGCUUAUUCCUUCGACAACAUGAAUCAAUUAAUGAAUAACAAUCACUCAAAAAACAGGACAUUCGUCGACCUAACAACAACUAGAAAACCUGUCAAACCAGUCAAGUUACUUGGCAAUAUAAAAUUAGAUAAAGGUUACUUACCUGUAGGAUAGUUGUGAUUCUCUUAGUAUAACACGCUGCCGUUAAUCAUCAUUUCGAUCACGAGGAACGAACCGUGAAACAGAAACUCACAAAACGGAUCGAAAUCCACCAAUGACCUUUUGAACCCGUUGAAGUAAACUUUCUUUCCUAAAAGGUCCGCUAAGAUGAUUGGCGGCGGCGAAAAACGCAAACGUCACUUGGCUUCUGAACUUUUUUUGUUGUUUACAGGCAGAUGGGCUUAUAACUGGGUCAGGGGGGAUUACUUUUAAGUGGGGGUCGAGGGACGGUUUAUAAGCGAGCUGUUACGGCAUGGUUUAUGUGAGCUCCAGUGUUCCGAUUAUUUUUCCGCGUUGAAACCUCAAGCGAUCGGACAAAGUAUUAACAAGGAGCUAGAAGGGCAUUAUUUGGAGUAACAUAAUCUAUGACUUCUUACGACCAACAGGCUCUUUGAUAACCGUAGAUUGUAUGCAUAUUUUAGCUGAUAGAACUGCAAAUGUCGUGGCAAACGUAAAUGAUAAAAUGACGGAAAUCUGCUUGAAUCGUAUACCAAGACUUGCUACAUUCUUUGCGUUUGCCCAUUGUCCCAAGUCUGCAUCGUCUAUAUUUUCAGCUUCUUCAACGAGGAGUUCCCCAACAACCUUCUUGUGAUAUUGGGCUGCAUUUGUUAACAUAACUGUUUAUUUGUUUUGCUGUUUCGAGAAGUUUUCCUCGACUAUCCGGUUUGCUACUUUAACUGGGUUUUUCUCAUUCAGAAACAAAUACUUUCAUCAGAAAACACACUGAGAUAGGACUAAACUGUAAAAAGACCUAUAACGCGUUCCCUUCGAUUCAGAGAAGCUCUCUCGUUGGCAGCGUUGUCACCGGAAAAUAUUCGAUUUAGAUCUUCCUUACAUAAGUAAUAAUUCCUCAGUGAUAUAUGCCGAUUUAUUGGUGUAGUUUUAAUUGGAGGAUCGUCACGCUUUGCUCUAGUGAAGAUUUGAAAAAGAACGUUGUUACUUAUCGACUAGCUUGUACAAAUUGAAUAGAAAAAGGUAUUUCAUUGGCGGAAAUACACAAGGAAUUGGAGUGGUCGAAUGAAAGAUCGGAGUGAACACUCAGACCCCUUUUACAAAUUUUUGAACAUUCAAAAACUUGCACACAUCCACCUUUUCUUUACAUGCGACCCGCGAAACCGUGGAAGUUUUUGAACUGCAAACAGUCGCAAUCUGUAAGUGAAUUUGCACGUUCCCUCUAAAAGGGUUGCACAGUCAGCUAAAAAAUUCGUCCGGACCCAUGGUGUUUAUCUUGUGUAGACCGUGCAAAGAGCAUUCUGAAAAAGAAGUGAACAGGAAAAACAGUGACGUGAAGGGUUAGGGAGUGAGAGUCGAAGGAACUACUAUAAUGGUACUUUUUAACAAAAUCUCCUUCCAGAUCCUUCCGGUAUACCAGAUUCUGGUAAACCCUAUGAAUGGUUUAUUUUCACAGCUCUUGUCAACAUUCGAAGGUCUAUUACCUUAAUUGGAAAUGCGAAGUAACAGCAAUGAGAUCAUCAGUUAGAAGGCUUUUAUUUUAAAAAAGUAUUUCGUCCGCUGGCACGCUUGGCCGCUUUGCGGCAUAAAUAGCCCGCUCCGCACGCUGUUUCAACUGUUUUUUAAUUAUUGCAAAUUUUCAGCAAGCAAUAUCCACUGCCCGCAGUUAGCGUGCAUGCUUAGAAACUCGCGAGGUUGAUAUACGGCAAGUCUAGCUAGUUCGUAUGAGAGCGAAGGCGAAAUCCCGGGGAAGCACUCUAGUAACUCUCGCGUAUAAAAAGGAAAAAGUACUUACAGUUGAAAUAUACAGUCAGUAUGCCUGAAAAAAUCUCGAUUUGCUUGAACAAGGGCCGCGAGGAAUCGGUAGGUAAUGAUGACGUUGCUAUUGUUCGCGUCUGCAAGUAACAGAUGGUUAGGAUGACAUAAAACAGAAAAUCCCGAAGGGACCGCUCAGGUAGAUCUUGUGAAAUUUGUUGUACAGUCAUACACUGUACUCUUUGGAGACUCAGCCCCAAACAAGACGAGUGAAUCAACGGCUAGCUUAUCACUAAAAGAACGAUAAACGAUUACAGAAAUUCGCCGACAAUCAUAAUUCUGUGCUGACUUAUUCCCUGCUGAUAGAUGUCCUUCUAUAAAUUUAAAAAAAGGACUACAACGCGCGAGCGUGAUUUGAUCAAACCUUUUAAUUUCUAAGGCUUACUUUCCGGCAAAUAAAAUGAACUGUAUUUAAAAAGUGAAAGAAAUAUCGAGAAAUUCCAACUUUUAAUGAAAUCUUUUCGAAUAGUUGAGAAUGAAAUAUUCUCGAAACUGAAAAUGUUUUCAGAUCAAAGCUGUGUAAAUCGAACUGAAACAGUGGAUGGAACCUUGCGUGUCCUGUUUUACUCUCACCUAUCGUAUGUAAUAUGUGUGAACAUCUUCAGUAUGAAUCGGUAAAUUUCAAAGAGCUACACCAACAAGAAUACUAUUAGGGAGUUUAAGAUACGGAGACUACGGACUACGAACUACGGCUGGCCGAGCGUUGUCCUUUGUUUGUAGCACUGGGUUGAGUCGUGCAAAUAUAGAACGUUAAGAUUGCACUACAGACAGUAGACUACGAGAGAAGAGGCGGAGAGGGAAACAACACGCGAAGAGUUUCUUGUUUUCAUCACAGUUCACAAAAAUGCAAGUCAGUUUUGCAUGUGAUCUUAUCUUUAGAACAAUGAACAAAUUCUUCCAUACUUGAAGGAGGCAAUUACGUCGGGUGAAAUUAGUAAGCAAAGUGUUGGUUACACAAGUUUUAUUUUUUCGCCCAUGAAUACUUAUGUCAAAUAUUAAAGAAAUAGACAGAAAUAGUAAUAGCUCAUCCAUAAGAUUUAGAAGAUGGACUUCGCCGACUACUGAUCUGAUGUAGUUUGAAGUAUUGAAAUGCCGAGUUUCGAUUGUCUCGAAGAUGUUUACAUCAUUUUCAUUCAGCAAAUGGCGCGAUACAAAAACUCGCAUAAACAAAGGUUACACAAGUAGAAAGACACACUAAUCAGUUCGAACAAACAUUGAAACUUUUCAAGUGCGAAGAGAAAGUAAAUUACCUGCAUGAUUUCUCUUCUCCUAGCCUUCAAUCUGAAUUCUGCGUAUAAACAGCUAAGCUUAUUUUAAAUAUGAGCUUAGCUAGAUAAAAAUGUAGCCACAAGAGUGGAUUAAAAGCGUAAAUCUGAUCAGAAAUUAGACACAACUUACAAAUUUCGCUUCCCUCUCACUUAAAGCAGGUGAAUUGAAAAAUUUUUACGAAAAGACGAGAUUCUUGAAUUACCGAGACGGCAAAAAUACGAGCAAAAUGUUCUCGUAGUCCCGACUACGCGAAACAGCUCAACAACUUACCGUAACCGCAGGACUACGCGGAAAAAUGAACAGUCACGUGGUUUUGAUCAUGGGCAGUAGCAUUUUUAACCGUAGUCGUAGUCCGUAGUCGCCGUAUCUUAAAGUCCUUAUUGACCGACAAUACGAAGAGCGGAGGCAGCUGUAGUGUCAACUAUUACUGGUAUUAUCUACAUUAACGGGACACCUCAAAAUGAGGAGCGAAUGAAGCAAUGCCAGUUAAUCAGCAGUUAACCUGCGAUCAGGCGUUCUUGUUGUUUUUUCCUUUGAAAGAAAAACAAGUUAAAUUCAACUAAAAGAAGUAAUUGAAGAAGAAAUAAGACUGGAGUAGGUCGCUGAUAAGCCUGUUUGUUUGUGUUUUCUGUUUUUCAUGGCUCCUGGUAAUAGUUCGUAAUAGCCCACGUUCGGUAAAGAAAAAUUCUAACAUGAAUCGGAGGCUUCCUGGUUACAUUUCUGUAUUAGGUUUGGUUUUCUUUGUGCUCAAGUCUCUUAUGGGAAUUGCGAGACAAUGGAGUCGUGAAAAAUUUGCAAUUUUUGUCCGUAUGGUAGAUAUCGAACGCAGCUACUAGAGCCAGUCCCUCCUGAGUGCUGAAUUUUCAAGAUGGCGUCGCUUUGUCAUUUUCUAGGUUCAUCCUAUCCUUCAGCACUUUUUGCCCUUUCAAAAUGUAACCUAGGCAGUAUUUCGAGCUUUUUGAUAUGUUCUCCAGCUGCUGAACAUACUUUACAACGAAAUAUGAAAGAAAAUUCACGAAGAGGACUUAAAACAAACACGAAGGGAUCGGCCUGUUUGCAAGAAAAAGUUUGCAAACUAUAACAAAUGUGAGUUUUCUAAUUUCUUCCUGUUGCAAUGGCCCAAAAGGAUUAUUAGUGUUUUGGUAACAUGGAUGAUAGUAGACUUCAAUUUGGCUGUCAGAGCUGUUCUACCGUUUUAGUUGUGCGCUGUAGGUCAAUUCAAAAAGGCCCGAUUUUUGGCUCGUUUGCUGACACUAAGUCAAGGUCAGAUAAAAUAAGAAAAUUUUAGUCUUGCCCGUAGCUACUUAAAAAAUUUUAUGGUUUUAGAAAGUAGUUCUGUGAUGUGUUGUGUCACAUAAAAAAAUGAACUUCGCUCGUUUAAUUUUGACGGUUCUGUGAGUUUCAGAAAAUGGUGAAACUUGGCGUAAAAAAAUGGCGUCUGAGGGGGUCGAAUAAAGUGAUGCUCGUAUCUCUAAUACAAGAGCAGUGAAGAACCUAUGUUUGGUAUAUUUGUCCAUUACUCCACCUGACCUAUCUAUGAUGUUAGUAUGAAAUUAUUCUGUUGACCCCCUUCCGUUGACAUUUUUAACAUUUUGCCCGGUUUUCUCUGAAAACCACUCUUGAAUUGAGAUCUCGUCGUGGGAAAUUUAGUUAUAACAGAACUUACAAUUCCGUUGGUUUAAAGAAGGUUAAUCAUUUCUCUUGACGCGGUCGUGCACCUAGCAGACUUGAUUUAUGUGAAUUUUUAAAAUUUUAUCCUAACGAUGAAGAAAUUAAAAGCUUUGUUACAGAAAACACGGGAAGUGAGAGUUUUUGUAUGUAAGUGUAUUCGGAAAAAUACAUCAUUGUCGUCUAAAAUUCAUUGUUACGUUAAAAAUGCAAAUGGUUUAGACUUAAACAGGUGCAAAAGUAACUGUAACAGUGUAAGGUUUUUACCUAAAGGGCAACUCCAAAAUAAUUUCGUAAACGAGGGAAGGUGUAUCUGUUGUCUAAGCAUCAAAGCAGAGGCGAUUUAGGUGGUAUGAGAUAUCCAAAAAGGGUUUUAAGUAAGUAUUUCCCCCUCUGUAUAUGCAGUUAUCCAUUUUAUAGUGCUUACAAGAGUUUGAAUCACCGGGUUAAUUUUGGCCAUUUAUUUAAGAGCGUGUCUCCGUAAAAACCGACCAGUGAUUUCGGAUAAAAAAAUUAAUUUCCCUUAUAUUCUGGGAUAUUAAAGCCUUCACCUUAGUAGUUACAAAAAUACAUUUCGUUUGACCGAAAGUGAUAAAUAUAUUUUUGUACGAAUUUUUGAAUUUCCGGACGAUUAGCGCUGGCGUCAUAGCCUUUCAAACUGCAAAAAUCGCUAAUAUUGACCGCGCUCUAGAAAACGAGCAACUCGCUCAAAAAGCAUGAUUUUCUUUUCCUUAUACAGAUACACCACUGUAGAUUUCCUAGCCAUAUCACAGUUUCGAAGUAUUUGUUUAUUUCAACGGUAAUGAUUUUUUCCCCAGCACGUGUUUUCGGCUUUCCAUCAAAACACGAAAGUAGCUCAACUUUGAGGGUAAUUUUAAAAAGUGUGGCACCUGUCUGAACUUCGCUAUCUGUAUGAAUACAAUCUAGGAAUGAUAGAAAAACACAAAAAGGAAUAACAUUUUUGUGCUCUCCACGUUUUCAGAAGAGACCGCCGUUUGAAUUUCCAGAAAUUUCGUAAACUUGAUAAUUAACGAACACUCGCCUUGUCGAUCUGCUUGUCAAGGUCGAACUUCAUUUGAUGGUGUGAUAUAUCUUAUCCAAGUUCUUUCACAUUUUAAGGUUAUUUCUCAAUCAUCUGAAACUAUAUUGGCCGUUGAUUCCAUGUCCUUUGUCCGUUUAAAGAAGUUAUCUGGUUUAUAAAAUGGAAGCCAUCCGCGAGCGUGACUGGUUCGUGACACCGUCCUGAAAGGUCUUUUGCUAAAAUUAGUUGGGUGCAAUCUUGUUCAUUGAGAUUAUACUCUUCAAGACAUCGCAGUGAAAUUUGUAGGGCAAAUAAAACACGUCCCUUUGCAAAUACGACGCCAACCAAGUCUUCUGACAAACUUGAAAAAUGCGUGACUUUGUAUUUCAUCCCCAGUUCUCCUGCAUUGGGUGAUGACCUGAACAAAUACUAGCUCGUUCACUUGUUUAUUAACUUCUUAGGUUGUAAUGUCCCUCUUGGUUUUUCUAGAGGAUAUUUUUGCUCCUGAAGUAGCCGCUUUAACUCUAAAAACAUAGAAUUUUUUGUUUAAAACCUGUCCUUCGACGGCAUCUUUUAUCUAGUUUGUAUAAAAGUAAUAGAGAUCGUCAUCAGUUGCGAGCGUGACACGGUUGUUUCCUAACAUUUUCUGUAAAGUUCGAUGUAAUUAACAUUGAAUCGUCAUACUUCGAUACAUUUUCUUCUUCAGCUUAACAUAAACGCACUUACAAAUAUGGUUCAACACAUUUCAGCUAAGAGAAUUGAGAAACCAAGGCCACGCUACUACAGUUUCCACGUCCUUCCCAGGACCCCACGCUGCGCGGAAAUUCAUUGAACUGGACCCUGGCAUUCACAUUCCGUGCUGUUCUCAUAUCCUUUUCAACCUGAACAGGGUCCGCCUUGCGGCCAGUUCGCUCACCAAUUUCAAACUUGGCUGUAAGAUAUUCUUUAACCUCACGAGAAAACCGGAUGGAACCUGCGUGGGCCUUGCUUAGUGCCCAUCCCAUCUGCAGGGUUUUCUACGUCAGUUGAUGAUUCGGACGCCAACAUAAAUGGUGUAGAUUUUUUCACAGCCACAUCCACUGAUGUAAAUUUUGUUGCCCAGUCCUUUCUGAUCUUGUUUACUCAAGUCUGGGCUUAGAGAAGAUAAUGUCACAGUUUUCCAAAUUUCAAUGACCAUGAAAGUCAGAGUCCGGGUAGUUAGUUAAUCAAUUGUGGCUCUGAAAAAAUUUGAAGGAAAAAAAACUACGAAUUUUUAAGAAAAUGCUGUUUUCGUGAGAAGGCUCUUAAACGCUGACAAACGUCAACAAAUAGCGAAAACUAUAAUUUCUAUAUGUUUGCUUUGCUCGAAAUCGCGCGCAUUUACAAGGCCCUAAAGCUCUUUGCUGACUUGCAAGGACCCAUCUGUUAUAACGAUGCCCAAAAUAAAGGGAUGAAUCUCAUAGUUUAUUAGAUAUAAUCGUGUAAAGUUUGCUUAUCAUUUUCGCAUAAAUUAUCACCUAAAUUUGGAAACCGCUGAAUUUCUCGAAUUGGGUCUUUGCGAUUUUGGUUGGGCAAGGCACUAAUGCGCACUAUGUGUAGCCGAGAAAUUUUCAAGAAAAAAUACCGGCAACAGCAGAUUUUUGACUCAGACCUCAAAGGGGCGUGGCAUUAUAACCACAUGACAUUUACUCCGAUCGCCAAAAAUUUUAUGUUAUAUUGUAGAUUGAUCUAUACGUUAUACAUUCUAUGUGUUAGACUUACGAUAAAAGUAAAGGUGGGGAUACCAGAGAGCUUCAAAGUAGGAUGGCACCCCCCCCAAAAAAAAACUGGGUCGAGUCACCUUAAACACACCUUGUCUCUUCAUAUUCCCCUAAUUUCUCACUCUCAGUGUUUUCCCCCAGCCAACGUUUAUUUUCCUCAUAUUUUUGUCUUUGCUUCUUGACACAAGUAGUGCAAAUUGCUGUGCAUUAAAAAGUAUCACAAUGAUGAAUUUAACUUUUAGUCAAAGUCGAUUCGUAGCGUAAAACUUACUUUUAGAACCAACACUGAAUUGAUAUUUGACAACUGGCAAAAUAAACUCAAAACAGUUUUUAAUCUCGCGGUUAGGUCUUGAGGUGUCGGAAAAAUUGUUUUCAGGAUAUAGCAUAUAGCAGGGUUAAAAAACGUUUCAAAUACAAAAUCCCCGAUACUCACAAAAUAGGGUUUUUAAAGAAGGGGAACAUUGCCAAGUGUUUCGCAUAAUUUCGUGGGUCACGUGCAUGUAGGCUACUUUACCGAAAUUAUCUCUUUCUUUGAAAAAUAGAACGCUAUGAAUCAACGUAAAAAAUAGACAGGCCUGUAAAGACAUUCUAAGCACCUUUUAAAUCUCGCAAAAAUCCAGGAAUACUUGUGUAUUUUUGAACGUCUGUGUUGUAACAAAUAUACUUGUCCUAAUUAUACUAACGCGCUUGACCAAACAAUGUAAAACAAGAAUGUUCAUUUCAUACUUGUUAUUUACUCAAUCCAAGAUUUCUACACUUACAUCGUGGCACUGUUGCCAAAAAAUAUAACUGGUUAUGAUAUAAAUAGCCGGAAAAAUAAACACCUUAUGGAACGAUUCCCUUUCAAGGUUUUACAACAACGUUGAAUGGUUAUUCCCUCGACCUUCUCUUUUAGUCUUUAUUUAUAAUUAGAUUUAAAGUUUGUUACACAAUUCGGAAUACUUGACCAUGACAUUUACCUUGGUUUUAAGAGUUCUUUUAUUCUAUUGAAAGUUAAAAAGUAAAGGCGCCUCACAUACGUCGGUACUUCGAAAUGAUCAUUUCAUCAUGAAAGACAAACCUUUUUAAACGCCCUCUUCAUCAGUACUCCGUUUUACGGGUAUUUAAGCUACUUGAAGCUACACGGAAAGAAUUUCUCACACCUGGCCAUGGACAUCAAUCUCAAGACCUCUCACACAGAAGACUCCAAGGGCUACGCAAUAACCAACUGUGUCAAUCGUUGCUCCUCAAAAAAGGGAAAACGUAAAAUAUUGUGUAGUAGAAUGCUUACCUGACCCAAUGGGAAUUGUGAUUCCAAAAAUUGCGUGAAUAUUCUUGGACAUCUCCAAGUUGAUAGCAUGAUUAUUUUUUAGCUUUUUCCUUGCUCCUGAAUGAAGAGGAUAUCGACAUGUCCUCAACGGACGCCAGUUGCGACCCAAAUUAUGUCUGUGUUUUGGACACACGAACAUUUCUUCUUGCCGGUGUUUUGGCACAUCGAAUAGCCCCGCCCUGACUAGUAUCAGUUCGUACUCCAUCAUUCCAGAUAGUUUUGAAAGAUGGCAUGUCUUCAAGUGGAUCGUUAUAUCUUCCUGGCAUUCUCGCAACCUACAUACUGUAUCCGAACCUCGAAAACCUCCAAAACUAGAUUUUCCGAAGCCCGAGAAAGAACACUUCACUGUAUCAGUAGCCAUGUUACCCCUUGUUUGAUUUGUGUCCAGUCCAGAAGGACUGGGGAUGAAAUACAAAAAGUCACGCAAAUUUCAACUUUAAUCUGAACUGGGUUAAAUCGCCUUGUUAGCGACUCAUCGCGUUUUAUUUGCAAAGAAAAGUGUUUUAUUUGCUCUACAAAUUUCCCCGCGAUGUCUUGAAGAGUAAUCUCAAUGAACAAGAUUGCAUCCAACUAAUUUUAGCAAAAGACCUUUCAGGACGGUGUCACGAACCAGUCACGCUGGCGAUACUGCCAUUUUAUAAACAAGAUAACUUCUUAAAACGGACCAAGGACAUGGAAUCAACGGCCAAUAUAGUUUCAGAUGAUUAAGAAAUAACCUUAAAAUGUGAAAGAACUUGGAUAAGACCCAUCAAGCCAUCAAAUGAAGUUGGACUUUGACAAGCAGAUCGACAAGGCGAGUGUUCGUUAAUUAUCUGGUUUACGAAAUUUCUGGAAAUUCAAACGGCGGCCUAUUCUGAAAACGUGGAGAGCACAAAAAUGUUAUUCCUUGUUGAGUUUUAUUAUCAUUCCUAGAUUGUAUUCAUACAGAUAGCGAAGUUCAGACAGGUGCCACACUUUUUAAAAUUACCCUCAAAGUUGAGCUACUUUCGUGUUUUGAUGGAAAGCCGAAAACACGUGCUGGGGAAAAAAUCAUUGCCGUUGGAAAUAAACAAAUAAUUCGGAACUGUGAUAUGGCUAGGAAAUCUACAGUGGUGUAUCUGUAUACGGAAAAGAAAAUCAGUCUUUUUAAGCCAGGUGUUUGUUUUCUAGAGCGCGGUCAAUAUUAGCGAUUUUCGCACUUUGAACGGCUAUGGCGCCGGCGCUGACCGCCCGGAAAUUCAAAAAUUCGUAAAAAAAUAUAUUUAUCACUUUCGGUCAAACGAAAUGCAUUUUUGCAACUACUAAGGUGGAGGCUUUAAUAUCCCAGAAUAUAAGGAAAAUUAAUUUUUUGAUCCAAAAUCACUGGUCGGUUUUUACGGAGACACGCUCUUAAGCUUUGUACUGAUAUCGGGAGGAAUCCAGGACCUUCAGAUUGUUUAGAUGCUACAAAAACAAUUCAUGCUCCAUACUGUCAAGGAAAUGUUGCAGUAUUUGGGGAAAAUGUUGGACAACAAUGAGUUGCGAUGAAUCUGUGGGCUUUAAUUUACAGUAAGAUAAGAAGGAUUAUUUUUGUUGAUGAUAUGAUUCAAAUAAUGAUUGUUAGUAAUAAAUUAUAUUCUAGUCUGUCACUGCUUAAAAGACAAUCUAUGUUAAUGUUAACCGAAUUGCCAGGAAUGUUUUCCAGCUUGAAUACUGUGCAAGUUACACUUAUAACAUGAAUGGUGAUGCCAGAAUUGAGGGGUAUCACUACUGCAUAUGCCACUGGGUACAGCAUUUGAAACACUCUUGGCUCUGAACUACAACUCAUUCAUUUUAACGGUGGGAGUUAUUGGUGUUGGUAUCUACAGUAUUGAGGGCGGGGGAUAUAAUGUAUUUGAUUUUCAUCCUAGAGAUAUGUAUGGUAACAUUCAUGGUGAAGGGACAUAUGCUAUCCAUGCAUAAAUUAGUACAAUAUUUUCAGAGUCUAUAUAGGAAUAAGGAUAUAUAUGAGCUUAAAGGUGUACAUAUUGCCAACUUUGAAGUUGAUCUUUUUUCAAGCAGUGUUGGAUAUUGUAGUAUAUCAAAUGUUAAUAGUUAACAGUGUUCCUGUAAACAGUGCUGCGCUAUAGCAGUUUAUGCAAUGUGUUACUCUGUUACAAAUCCUGUACACUGGACUUCAGGAACUUUAUCUUCCCUUGUUAGUAACUGGAAUACACUGUAAAAUAUGAUGGGUGUGAAAAGAUAUAUGCCAGUCGAUCUUCCCUAAAGUGUCAGUAUCAGUGGAGCUGAGAUAAACCUUACUGUCCGGGCGGUAAGCACUGGUGUCCUGUGUUGCAAUUCGGUUGAGAGCAAGUCUGUGUUGAAGAUGUGCAUUUCAAUUCAAUGCCAUGAAGUGACAGGAUUUUUGUUGUGGAUUGGAACAUGCUGUAUAAGCUGUGUGGUUCAGCAAAGAAGUAGGGUAAAGGAUUCAUUUUCUCUGGUGGGAUAUGAUGACAGUUGUUUAGCUGCAAUAAGGCAUGUUAAACGUAUCAUACGCAUAUUACAACCACGCCCAAAUAUACGCUCCCACAGCGCCUUGUUGGAAUUUUCAAACUGUGCAGUAAAAAAGUCACAAAUUGUCACUAGAUCUGUCUGAAGCGGAUUUCUCUGUUUCUUCUCACACGAGCAACAGAAAGACCUUCCAUACUGUAGAGUACUGUUCCGGGUCACCAGGGCUUGAGCACAUAAUUGGCUGCCCUCUGAGAAAUUCCUCUGACCUCCAGGCUAUCUCGGUUACAUGCCACGCAGUUAGUCGUAUCAUUUCCCCGAGAGGAAGUAGAACGUCUUCCUGAGGCAAGGGUAGGAGUUUCGCAUUGAGGUAGAAGGGCAGGGCGUUGAACUAGCAACUCCGGAAGUUGAGGAUACCAAUGAGCUGUUGGCAAACAGGGUGCUAUGAUUAAAGCAUCUGAAACUUCCUCCAACUUGAGCUUUCGAGGAACUCUCCCGAGGAGACUGAAAGAAGGACAAACGUAAAGUUUAAAAUCUUCCAAUGUAAUCAAAAGGCAUCAACCGCCAAGGCAUCUGGGUCCGGGAACCAAGAAACAUAGCUCUUUGUCUCAAAAUUUAGGCGAGAGGCAAAUAAAUCUGUCUGGAACAAACAAUGAUUGCGAGACCCAUAGAAACACUGUAGGAUGCAAUUUCCACUCAAUAUUUUGAUUAUGACUCUUAGACAAAUAAUCUGCUCUGGCAUUAGAGCUUCCCGGAAUAUGAUGUGCCUGCAAUAAACAAUGGCGUGCAAGGAACCACUCCCAAGUAGAUUAUGCCAAUGCAUGCAAAGUAGGAACUAUUCCUUCCAAAUUGUAAAUAUAUGCUAUACCAGCACUGUUUUGGACCACAAACCACUAGAUGAAACUCCAUUACAGACAACACCCCAUUCUGAUUUGAAGGCAUCAGUAAUUAAAGUACUGACUGUUGACGGUUUCUCAAGGCUAGUCGAAUUAUAGAAGUGACCACUUAAAAUAAACCAAUCUAGGCCCGCAUUCGUUUUCUUUGAUGAACAAAUAAUUGAGUUGUAAUCUUCAUCAUUAGCACUUACAGCAUCUAAUUUACAGACCUCAAGCUCACGGUAGUAGAGCCUUACCGGUUUAACUGCCGGAAAGGAAGAAACAACUAAACCAAUAAAAUGAUCUAACUCCCGAAUUGAGCGAUGGUUUUUUUUCUCGGAGAAAGGUAGCAUGGUCUACCGGAUUAUUUAUCUUCCUUUCUGGAAGAGACAACCAUAUUCACAGUACUUAUGACAAAAGUUGGAAAUUCAGGUCUCUGCUAAGGGACAAGCUGGGAUUUUUCUUUGUUAACAAUAAAACCCAAUGACUCUAGAAUAUGAAUAACAGUUGUAGUUUCCUCGGCAGAAAAUUUCACGAGAUGAGCUGACGACAAGUAUGUCAUCAAGAUAUAUAACUAAUCUUAUUCCUUUGUUACAAACAGCCCACACAAAAGGCUUCAUUACGUUGGUGAAAUCCCUUGGGACCAACGAAAGCAUCCUUGAUCUCAAUGGCUGUAAGAAAUUCGGAUCCCGACAAGUAAUCUAGAAGUGAAUUCAACCCCUCCUUCUUAAAAUAAUGCUAUUGAACAAAUUCAUUCUGGUUUUUUUAUUGAUGACAGGUCUUAAGUCGCCAAUCUUCUUUGGAAUAACAAACAAAUUAGAAAGGAACUGUUUGUGUUGAGGCACAGCAUCCCUAAUGGCACCUUUCUGUAACAACGUAUGAACGUCAAGGUCAAUUGACUCUGUUUCCUCAGAUGAAAAUCGAAAUCUUGUAGCCGCUCACCGUCGGUAAAACCCAACUAUCAGUAGUAAAAUUAUUUAGAAACGAUCAAACCUUUGCUAAACGUCCACCUACCUGAGGAUAGACGCAUGAAGUUUGGGAAAUCACUUCUGCUUGGUCGAUGUACUGGAACUCUAUCGAGACUGGCGUGGAAACGAUUGGUAUCUCUUCUGGAAGCGCGGUUUUUGAUACUCGUAAUGGCGCUUGCAGUUUAAAUGGCUCCGUCCAAAAUUAGAAUACUGACGGCCACGAGAGGUUUCUUCAAACUCAGAGUUAUAAGCCGAAGCGCUGGACCUGCAACGGUCAUUGCUGAUACUUUUAGCGGCCAUUCGCUUGACCUUUGGGGCAUUUCGUCGCCAAACAGCAUUGUGGUAAGGGGUUGCAACUCAUGACAUAACGACUUUUAAGCUGGAGCAUUUUACAUUUACAUUUACCGUAUCACAAGCCUUCCCUCUCUGCUUGGCAGCUUCAGACUUCAACAUCUCACGGCGUUUCAUGGAAAACUCAUAGAAAGAAUUACCCAGCGAAGUAAAAGCAUCAACCGAUAGGUCAUAAAUAAUAUCAUUUAGUGGAACGGAUACUUCCUUUCGUUUCUUAGCGUCACCUACCUUGCUCGCCAAUUGCACCAGGGGAGUUAUCCCUUUGAACAAAUUCUUCUGAAAUGACUGGAAGGAACGUUCACGACUUGUUGUUUUGUCCAGUAAAUUGUCCUACAACUCGGGGUUCACCCGAGGGGCUUUUAGGAAUUCACAAUGUUUGGGACGAAGGUACUUCUUGUGGAUGGGCGAGAACUGUUCCUUGGCAGGCCCCUUGGUGCACGCGCCGUUUACGCGUUUAGCCAUCGUUAAAUUUCGAACCGCAGUCUUCUGCAUCCCUGAAAAGGUCUCAUUAGGGAAGAUCACCAACAUCAUCAUCCUCAGCUUCCACGACGGUACCUCCAGUUGGGUCAAACAGACUAUGUUGUUCGCCGUCAGCAAGAAGAGCAUCCUCUUCUUCAGCACUUAUUACGGCCAUUUGCUGUUGAAGAAACGGAGAAAAAAGGAGUCGGACAUUUUGGGCAUUGAACUGGCUAACGAGUCUAGUUUUGACUCGAAUGCAUUAACCCGGUUCGCAACCGGAUCGAGUUGGAUUUGUGGCCGACUCAUCCACAGACAUCCCAUUUGGAUCGUUGUCCUACGACAUGACGAUUGACCACCUGGUCUGCACGCGAAAAAAAGACAACUUGUGAAGAGCACAUGAUGUUCUCAUAUAGUGUUUCAUUUGCAUAACAGUGAUCGUUGAACCGUAACGACCUGGUGGCAAACCGUGGAAAUAUACAAUCUGAAUCCCGAAGGGCGGAGCAUUAUUCGAAGGAGAAUAACACAUGGCCUACUCGUAAUGAGAUUUUACCGCAAAAAAGGCUAAUUUUGCCCCUACUGUACUAUUACGACAGUAACCCAGGCUCUGUGAUAGUACUACGGUACGAUUUCAGUAAAAUAUUAAAGUGUUUGUAAGGAGUUAAGUUACGAUCCUAAAAUUUGUACGAAAUACCAAAUAAAAGUCAGUUAGUUGGUGUUGUCCUUAAUGCUCACACGACGUUUCAUUUUAUAUUGCUCAAACUCACCCCGCCCCCAUACAAUAAAAUCUACAAGGUAGGUGGCCCUCUGAAACUCUCAGCUACCAUGCUAGGCUCUAAGAAAGAGGACUGCCCCAGAUAUGGAAACCAAUGAAGCUUCCCCAGCAAGCGAAACGAAUCCAACAGAGUUUGUGAAACUCGAAGAAGGGAAUUAUCGCAAAUACUUGCGCCGAAGUGGCUGGGCCAGACCAACGCGCGGCCAAGAUUGAUUCCUUUCGCUGGCUGGGGAAGCUUCAUUGGUUUCCUUAUCUCAGGCAGUCUUAUUUCUAAGAGCCUAGCGUUUUUAAUUGCCUUUGGUGUCCGAAUUUCGUGGAAACAGUGGCGUUGGAAAAGAGCGAUGGCGGCUGAGAGUUCGUCUGGUGACACCUACCUUGUAAUAUGAGGGAUGAAUUUUAGCAAAUUACUGUGUCCAUGAUUUCAUGUUUAUAAUUAAAUUAUUUUUGACUGCAUGCCAGCUAGCAAAUAUCAUGAAACGUCGUGUGAGCAUUAAGGACAACAAAACUAACUGCACAUUAAGUUUCAUUGACUUUUAUUUGGUAUUUCCUACAAAUCUUAGGAUCGUAACUUAUAAUUAUCCCCAUACACUCACAGUGUAAUGUUACAGGAAUCGACCUGUGGUACUAUCACAGAGCCUGGCAUGCAGUCAAAAAUAAUUUACUGUGUCCAUGAUUUCAUGUUUAUAAUUUUUCUCGGCUUGUAAGACAAACGAGUUCUGAAGUUAAAUUUGGCACGAUUUGUACUAAAAGCGCGAUUUUUAAACAAUUUUCUCCGCUUAGCAAUGAUGACGGACCAACAAUCGGAAAGCUUAGAAGAAAUUUCAGUUUGAAUAGAAAGAUAGCUAUAGAUGCACAGCUCUAACUAAGGAACGACAGUAUUUACAGUACUAUUAUUUUCACACAGAACAUGACUAAAAGGGCAUUAAUGUCAAUACGUCGCAUCUGUGAAAUGAGAAGCAGCUUACUACGUCAAAGCCCGUCUGAAGCCACAGUCAGAAUGGAAGUCCCAGGAAUUUUAGUUUCACUUGCAAAACUAAAUACGUCAGGGUCCGAAACCCAAGUUUUGCAGUUGGAUGAAAUUCUUGUACCUAAGGAAAUCUACACAGGAAAAUGGAAAAGUGCCCUUCACGGGGGAUCUCUGCAGGUAAGUUACUCAGGAGGAUCGCAUUCCUUUUAAACCAAGCAGCAAUUCUUACCUUGGCAUAAAUUUAAGCUUGAACCCCCAGGUUAAAUGAAAAACUAUCAAUUGGUAAGCGAAAAACUUAAAAUGUUGAGCACCUCGAUAAUUUUUUGGCCUAAGCCUGCUAUAUGCUCAUGUCAUAUUAGUUAACUGACCUUGAAAUAAAUGCGCCUGACCUGUAUGUUUAUUGGCCCUGCUUAAGAUUGGGUUAAUAUUGUGUGGAAUUGCAUGAAGGGGCUGCUUUGAGGACGUUUUUGCCUCUUUUUAUUGCCUAUUACAAGGUUGCGCAGGAAAUGGGAUAAAAUGUGUCUUCAAAACAGGCUCGUAAUUCAAUUCGAUGCAGCAUUCAAAAUGGUGGCUAAUAAAAUAGGCCAUGUCGUCCCCGUCCUACUAAUGUACCCUUACUAGAGGCUGCCAAUCAUGACUCAAAAGAAAGUUAAUUUUUUUAUUCUUUUUUUUUUUGGUGCUGUGCAAUAUGCAAUAUAUCGAAAACGGGAUAGAGUAUUCAAUUCUACUAUGUCCAAAGACAAUGAAUGAAUUUGAAACAAGAGUUCUUUUCGAUCGAAUUUGAGAUAACAAGAUAUUGGAUAAACGUGUCGGUUUUCUAUAUUGUCGUAAAUGACCAAGGAUGAACAAGAAAACAUGCAGAUAAAAUUUGGGUCUUCAGGACAGCAUUUACAAACCACAAGAUUUAUAGUCAACUUUUUUAAAACGUGGCCCAGUUUUUGAAACGUUGAAGAGCAGCAUAAAACCGUGUAGUGCGUAAGUAUUUAGAAAACGUAUCAAAUGCGUCGAAGGGAUGUUUUGGUGUAUUAUCAACCCCAAAAGUUAUUUAAUGAGGCAAGAACAUUUGCGCGACGCACGUCAACCCGUCAUAGGACUCUUUGCACUCUUCGGCCGUGAUUUUGAACAAAUUCUUGGGCAAAUCUUCUCUAUAAGAGUAAAGACAGUUAGCCAUACAGAUUUUGUAGCGUCAAGGUAUAUUAAAAGGGGAAAAGGCUCACUUCCGGUUGACGUGCGUCGCACAAAAACGUGUCUGCUUAAACGCCUUAAUGUAACUGCUUUCAGGUCAUCAGGUUUGCAAAGAACCCGUAUUCUUGGGACGAAAGCAUAAUCAAGAGAAACCUGUCUGUCCUUGAUGUAAUUUUGUGGUCUAACAAUGGUUCAAAAGUUAAUGUUUACGAUCUCAAAGUACCAAUAAGGAUAACUUUCUCCAGAAAUCCCAAGGAAAAUACAGAAGAAUCCGCACCGGAGAAUUUUCUGUUUCUCAAGAGAAACGAAAUGCGUUUUCACCAGGUGAAAAUCCAAUCGUAUGAAGCCACUACAACUGUACGAAUUCGGCCUAAUAAGAACAUAACCCUUAAAGUCUAUAUCAAAAAGGAAUCAAUGCCAACAAAUAAACAGUAUGAUUUAGUCAUGACAUUACCAAAAGUAACUCCAUGUUCAAGGAACGAAUGUUCAUCACGUGACCCAUAUCAGUUUGAACUUGAGCCUAAUGUUACUGGUCAUGUUGGAGACCACUUCAUCGGUAUCGAAAUUAAGGAGGAUUACUACGAAACCAAAGAAAUGUCAGCAGUUGAAAACGAAAGCAACAGAAACACGGUUGGGAUAAACAAUGGUAACGUUUUUGGAGCUCAAGAGCUGUUGUGUGUUAAAGUAAAGCCACACCCGCCUACCCAAGUUCGCAAAUUUAAUCCUAAAACGGACGUCAGGUACUCAUUUUAUGCUGCAGUGAGGAGCUGUGUAUUCUGGCAUGAGGAGAAAGAAUCAUGGUCGACUCAAGGAUGUGAGGUUUGUUGCGAGCUGCCUAGAAAUAAGAUAGUCUUGUUGUACAUGAGGCUUUUCCCCUAAAACGUUGUCCAAGUACGUCGAUGUUUAUGCGCCUUCUUUUCUUGUAGCUUGCGAAACGAUGAAUUAAAGUGUCAAUUAAGACGAGCCUCAUUGCACGCAUUUGAAGUAGACUAGUUAAAAGCAGUUCAAAAUUAAAGCAAUUAAAAUGCAAACCUUGAAACUCAGCUUUACCGGCUAUAUUGACAUAUAGAUUUAGCCAGGGCUAAAAGCGAAGCUCUCGAUAAUAUUUAUCGUUUGUUGAAACAAAAUAUAAAAUCGUGUAAUGCUAAGCGGCUAAGGCAUGCAACGCUGUAAAGCGGUGAAAAACAACAAUAGGUCUGAUUAGCAUAAGCAAUUUUGCUCGUGCAGCACACUUUUUUGUACAUUUCUUUGCCGUUGUUUUUCUCGACUACAACGUGAAACUUCCGAAAACUUCUUAGUUACACGUUUUAUGGAGGACAUGUCGUACGUGUUCCCGUUCACGUUUUUUCACUGGCCGCUAGCAUUUCUCAUUUUGUCACCGCCGCUACAAAAUUUUCAUGUUGUUCUUCCAACAAAAAAUUGUCUCCUUUGUUUUUAUCUCUCGCUCUAAAUCCCUGUCGCCCUUUUUCUCGUUGAGGUUCGCUGGCCUGCUGCCCACUUUCUCUUUUUCUCUGUCUUUCUCUUGCUCUAUAUUCCAAAUUUGUGGAUAUGACAAUUUAUCUAACCUUGAUAUUAAUUAGACAACACGGAUACAGAAACAAUUUCCGCCUUCCGUUUUCGUCUUUAUUGACUCUCUUGUUGUCUCUGCUUUAAAAGACGCUGGUGGCUAUGCGAUUUCCCGCCAAAAUAACCACGAGUUGCAUUUGGGUUGCCAUGCUUGUUGAUUGAGUUAUUUUACAUUGUUAUGCCUGUGGUGCGGACGGACGGUCUCUCGGGCGGGUGGUCAGUGUACGUUCACGUGAUUACCAAAUUUUCUCGGAUGGGUUGAUUACUUCAUUUUCUAACCCAUGGUGCUCCGCUGGCGCGCUUUGCGCGCGAGAGCUCCGCUAGGAGUGGACCAUGCACUCAAUAGAAAACUGGCAAUUGGCAAUAAAUUCCUAGUAUGUGUGUAACGAUAUUCAAUGUACAUGUAAAUAAGUGGAAAUGUAAAACCAGAACAACGGGCUGUUGGGACCCGAUCACGGGACGAAAUCAUGGAUUUACCGAGCGUCAAAGGCGCAGUCAAAGAUGCGACAAACACCACCUUUGCACACCUUUGUACACCUUUGACGCGCGACAAAUUUUGGUCUUUGACGACGGUUUCAGGCGGGUCGUCAGACGAUAAAGGCCAUUUUUGUCACGCCUUUAACCCUCACCUUUAACGGGCGUCAAAGAGUAUAACUAUUUGAUAAGCAUUUGUGCCGGCCUGUCAAAGGCGUUGUCAUGUCUGAGAUUCGAGCCAAAGAUUUGACAAAGGUGCGAUAAGAUAAUGUCUGAGAUUCAAGUCAAAGGCUUGCUAAAAGUGUCAUCAAAUGUGUCCGCCUAAGACUUAGGUCAAAGAAGUGUCAAAGGUGUCGUCAAUUAUGUCUGAGAUUCAAGUCAAAAGUUUGACGAAGGUGUUGCCAAAUAUGCCUCUUGGUGCGCGCGAAAGCGAGCUCGAGCGGAGCCCCAUAGCUAAGAAAAUUUGCUAAACUAUCCAUCCUAAAAAUUUUGGUUGUGAGAACACAUCUGGAGACUUGUUUAUUGAUAGCUGAAGCCGACAGAGUUUUGUGUCAUCUUAUUAUAUUUUAACCGUCUUUUUGCACUGGAUCUACAAAACCAAAUACAGGUGCUAUCAAGAUUCGUUUGUUAUUCUUGGCUGGCUUGUUUAUUGGGUUUUUGGUUGAGAAAUGCGCUGCCUGACAAAAAGUAAGCGUUAUCGGAAAUCAUCGUUCUCAAAAAUAAGCUACUCUUUAUAGUACUUCGCCUUACUGGAUGCGUAAGAGGGUUAAAAUUUCUUCAGCGAUGCUGGCCUUACAUGAUGGCUUUCAAGAGCUGCAUCUCGACUGGUAAGCUUGAGUUAUUAUAGUGCAUUUGAUGUUUUUUUUUUCUUUUCUGGUUUCAUGUUCAUGAAGUCGAACAUUGUUUCUGCCGUCACUUUACGCACAUUUAUAAGAUUUGAGACAUUGAUCUGACCUAGUAUAGAAUUUUCCAAGCAGAGACGAAUUCGUUGAGGCACCAAUAUAGUUCAAAUUCAAUCCAAAACUGUUUAGAGCGUGAGCAGUGAUAGAACAAAUGGGUUAAUGAUUCAGGUUGAUUGUCACAGAAAGUACAUAAAUCAUUUUUUCUAAAACCUAUUUUAUACAACUUUGUAUUUGUGUAAAGAAUUGAGUUAAUUACUUUGUACUGCAAGGCUUUAACAUACGAUUCGACAACGAUAGAGUGUGGCAGCUUAAAUAUUUACCACACUCUAUCGUUGCCUCGUGGUCUGCUUUGAUAGCUAGUGCAACCGAAUCAAAAGGCAACGAAAUACAUCCUCAUUUCUCAAGAAGCGUUUCUUCACUUCUCGGUAUAUUCUGCAGUUAAGCCAAGUCCACAAACCACGAUAAAUGUAUAACAGAUUUCUCCUCUCCAAAUCAACUCCUGUGAAAAUAUCAACAUCGCUACUUUGAGUAAUGAAAUUUUCGAGCAGUCUUUCGGUCACGUGUUAGGCAACGAAGUAGUUAACAGAAUCAUGUUUCAGCAAGGAUGUUCAGGCAAAUGACACGCAAUUCGCAACACACGUAGUAAAGGAAACAGAAUAUUGUUCGAGUUUUUUUUCUCUAUAUUUUAUAUUUAAAUAUUUAAAAGAUGUUUCUGUUAUUAUAAUUUAUCGUCUACGAAGCGCGGUCAAGGUAUAAAUUUCUGAGGUUCCUUUCAGGUCUUGUGAGUCUUCCCACGCAAUGUCACGAAAGAUCAGAAGUCUUAAAAUCUUCUUACGGCUGCAAAGGAGACUAGACCAUUUGCAGCGCAUUGCAAAAAGGACAUGUUGGAGUGACUACGUGUCCCGCACUGACCUUUCGCUACCAUUUCUAUCGUCACGCAAAAAAAUUGUAACAUUGCCAAUGUGUUGAUCAUUCUUCAUCAUCUGACGAAGUUGCACGCAUUCAUGGAAAAGGUUAAAAAUGCGUUACGGUUCAUUGAGAAAUGUUGCAAUACAUUUUAUAGAAUUCAAAAGCGUAAAAAAUGCGUUUUACUCUUCAACAUUAGUCACACGCGCUUCUCGAGCGCCCAUUUUUUGCAUAUUUGCUGUCAGCUUUGACACAAUUCAAAAGUGUUGUAAAAGUGUAGUGUUCGUAUUUGACUUCAUCUUUGACAAGCGUCAAAAGGAUGGUCACAGUCACCACACCUUUGGCUUCAUCUUUGACCACUGCGUGAAAUAAGUAAUUUAGUGGAAUUUACAGGGCCACGAUACUCCCAUGGCACUUAGCAAAUCGUAUACCGACACGCGAGGUGUCAUGAAACGCGGCGUUUCAGAGAGUGUCCGUGUCCCCGAUACCUCUGUCGUGAAAAAUCAGGACAAAUCGUGGCCCGGACACGUCUUCUGCGGUGUGUCAAGAAAUAUACGAGCUCUGAUUCUUAACGAUAUCAGUUAGCCAAAGCUAUGUCGACUUUCGACAUUGUGGUAAAAUGGCAUGAAAACUGAAAUUUAGGAAAAAUUAAACUUUACGUAAUAAAAACACAGCUAACUCAUUUACGCAAACUUUCCAAGGUACGCCGAGGUUGGUAAAGAAGGUAACAUAAGGUUGCAACAACUUUACGCUCAUUCUCUUACGCGAGAUAUGAAAGUUGAGUAACUGUAAGGCCACGUGCACUCUGGUAGCAUAAUCUGUUUUCUUUGUUGUUUUUAGCAUGACCGAAGUAGUUUUCACGCCGCUAACGAUGAGAAUCGUUGGCUUGUUGUUUUUGGAGAUCGUGUAAUUCUGUUCGGGUGACUGGAAGGCAUUGUUAACAUAAAUAGCCUGUCACUUACUCUUGAAAAAUAAUACAGUGUCUUUGUCACAACCAGUUAAACGAAAACAAAUUCAAAACCGGGAGAACAUGCGUGAUACUGGCUAUUUCCUCACUUAAGAUGAACGACAGACGGCAUUCUCGAAAAACUAUGGCUACUUAAUUUCAACGGAGUAUUGACUAACUUUCUACAAAUACUACAUUGUUUUUUGAACUGCCUUUAUCGCUUCCUGGGUAUCGCCUCUGUCAGGAGAAGAAAAAGGAAGAAAACCUGGGGGUUAUACGUUCGAAUGAGGCCUGGAAAUGAAACAAUACAGCAAAGCAACUGGUCAGCGGGUAUUCGCGUUGCACAUGCUAUUUCAGGUUCCGAUUUGGCGUCCAUUUUGAAAGUGUGAAAUCGAUCUUUUCGAUCACUCCAACUUGUUUGAUUUCCCUCAGAAGUUUGAGUCCAUAAUUAUGCUUCUCGAUAGCAUCACAGGACAUCUGAGGAUUGUAACACAUUAUCAUCGAACGUGCAACCUUCAGUUGUCGAUAGAUCUUAAGAGGCAACCCUUUCGAUACAGGAGACUCAGUCAAGCAGAUUGAGAAUUUGAACACCGAAGUAUACUAAGGACUGUACUACUAAAGCGCUCCAAGACUCAGGAUUUUGCUGGAAAAUUAAAUAGCAAGAAAAGGUAAGCUGCCCUGUUUUCAAACUAUUUAAAUCAUUUUAAGUUUUCAAUGAAAUCAAUAUUUUAUAAAGGAGCUGUGGCACGAAAUUUAUCAAAAUUUGAACAGAUGAAACCGCCACCAUAUUGACUGAAACAUAAAAAUAACUACUCACAACAGUAGAAGAAGGUAUAAACAAGACAGCAAACACAAAAGGAUGCUCAGAUAGACAAACUUGAAGAAGAUUAAAAUGGAUUACAAUUGCUUGUUUGUACUUGAUGUCACAGCAGCCAUAUUGGUGGUGUGUUAGGGUUAAGAACAAAGAGCAUUUCUCUCCUCCGGGAACUAAACCCUAUUUUCAUGUAAAUUUUUCAAAAAAACAUUCUAUUGUAAUGACCUCCAACACACACCAAUAUGACCGCCUUGUCACGAGGUUGCAAGCCAAGAAUAGAGGUUUUUGAAAACUUAUUGGCCUAAAGUUCAUUCUUUUUGCCUGUAACUUUUGAUAAAAAUGUAAUGCUUCGGGACAAAUUUAUUUACAUGAAACAGUGAUGUUGUUAUUGUCAAGUAAUAUUUCUUCACUUACACUAGGUUCUGCUGAGAAUCGCAUAACUGAGUAAAAUCUCGCAUUCUGAUUGGUUAACGAAGCGAGGUAUUUAGUGUGGAAUUGCGAGUUGAAAACGAGGCUAAGCAGUAUUGUUUCGCAUCUACAUGUAGGUAACAACUAUCGUCAAAUUCUAACACAACAACUGCAAAAAAGGUUUUCUACAAUGUCAUUUUAAAAUGUUUUCAAAACCAUUGUCACCUUUUGAAGAGUUCAAAACAAACAAAAGCGUUUUUAUAGUGAGCGGGAGGUUCUUCCUUGUUUUGAACUGAACUACAAAUUCUCGAAGAGGCAUAAAAAACCUCUUUUGCUCGCGACAACGAGAAAACAAGAAAAUCUUGUGAACAUGGCUCAGAAAAUGGCAAGCCAAAGUUCAACCAAACAAAACGGAGAAGCGACAACGGAGGAAGUGCCGGGUCGAUUGUCACAUAUACAGGAGAAGAAAUAAAUACCUUCAAAGACAACAUGGCCCCUCAGUGAAAACAUGAAAAAAGAGUACGCCGCUUGCAAUCGUCCUGAAUCGUGAUACUUAGAAAAGUACAAAACAGAGCUGAACUUGAACAGCAUUUCUAAAACAUUUCAAGGUACUUACCUUAUAUCAAUCGCGACGUUAAACUUUCAGUGCUUUUGCUUGGAUACUUCAUUUCUUUCAGUUUUGCCGCCGAAGAGGUAAAAGGAGUAUAUUAUUUUCCUUCUCGAGCAAAUGACCAAUUUGAAAAAAGAUGUUAUAGAUAAACGGCUUGUAAAUUCAGUGAAAUACCUCUAUUUAUCCUUACGAUUAGUGUGAAGCUUGUUUACGUGUAAAAGAGUUUGAAAACAAAUGUAAAAACAAGCACAAGGUACAAAAAAAGUUGUCGAAGGGUCAAACGUGUACGACUGACCUUGCUUCCUAUUCGCUAACGCAAAGACAGUUCUGGCAGUUGACUUUGAAAUGGCUUCCUGGAGCGUGCGCUCAGGAUAAAAACAAACAAUAUUAUUGCUGUUUUCUUUUUUUUUCUGAUUUUUAUUCAGUUAUGCGAUUCAAGGAAAAUCCAUUACCUGACUCGUGAAUUCCACGUUAAAUUUCACUUGAAAACUGAUAUCGCACUCAUCACUGCACGAUUCGUGCGAUAUCGGUUUUCGCGUGCAAUUUAACAUGGAAUUCCCUUGUCAGGUAAUGAAUUUUCCUAUAGAAUAAGGACUUGUAAUUGGCAUUAUGUACAACUAAAACUUUGCUUGCAAGUCCAACCAGGAUGGUGUCUUAGUGGGACAUAUGUCCUUUCAAGAGAAAAAAAAUGUUCACAGCCCUGUACAGUGUUUUCAAGAAAAUUAGGACAAAGACAGUAUACACAGUUUGUUCUCAGAAAUCAUACAUUGCAAGCUCAACCUACAGAUUAGUUAGUUAUCUGCUGGCAAAUAGACCUUUGUAUGAAAUUGUCCACCCGAACCUCAUCCUCAUUUCUUUGCGUUUGUUCAAUAGAGCGUAUGCGGGAAAGGUCUAUUAGUGACUAAUCUGUAGGUUGUGUGCACGGAGGGAGGUGGGGGAGGGAAGUUACUUCCCAUACAUUCUCUUAAAUGAAAUGGAAAUGAUGUUCUCACAACUUGCAAAGCAAUCAUCAAGGGUCUUGCCAGCAGUUUUGUGUACUGAUGUUGCGCAUUGCAUCAUAAACCAAAGGUACAAUGUAAACGGUUUUGAGAAGGAACAAAAUCAUGGUGGUUGAAGGCGGGAUUGUUUCUCACUAUUGUAUUUCGUUUAUUUUGGUAAAUUGCAACUUUACUGAUUUUAUGUCGCUUUUCAGACGUAUUGUAUGUUGCGGUCUUUCUUUUUUCUCUUUGUAGAGUUUGGAAUAUGCAACAUAUAGCCUGUGAACAGGCUUUCUUGUUUGGGGGAAGGGCAAAAAAGUUGGGAGCAGAGGGAAGGGAAAGGGGAGAGCCUUAAGACAAACCUUUGAGGCUGCUAUUCCACCCUCUUGAAUGUCUAUUAAUUGCUGAUCUUCUGUCAACAAGAUUGUCAAUUAAUGUAGUCAGUUUUGCAUGUAAAAACUUGACUUUUACCUGGUGCCAAAAUGCUGCUUGUUCCAAUGAGUUCUUUCUCUGGUGGUAGAUUAUGUGCUGGAGCGUAAGCUUUGACUGAGCAAAAUUGUGGUUUUCCCUCUCAUUUAAAAGUGAGAGGUCAUGACAUGUAUACUGAUUGUCUGAGGUUAUUGUUGUCAUUGUUUCUGGUCAGAGUGAUUUGCCCUCUGAUGCAAGAGCAUUUUAUUUUAGCUCUUUUGAAAUGUAUUUUUGUGGCUAAAUAAGCUUAUCAGUGAUGUGCCAGAAGAAGCCAUGUUAAAGAUCAAAAGACCUGUCAGUGCUCUCACCAAUAGGAGCUUGCAUCAGAAUCUGAUGCACAGUGGGUGCCACAAAAUAGCAGCCUCCUAGGUUUCUCUACUGGCUCUUCCCCUUCCACUUUCAUGAUUUUUUUAACUUUUCCCAAACAGAGAGCCUGUACUGUUCACAGGCUAUGCAACAUAAUACAUGUAUUAUAGCAACAUAUAGCUGAAACAAUCGCCGAUAUUGAGAAGUGUUUUGCUGCAAACCUAAGGAAAGUUAAGGCUGCUUUAAUGUAAAGAGCUUUCAGCAAUGGAUGUAAUUUGUUUAUUGGGCUCAUUUGAAUUUUGACUUUCAAUUAAGGUGUUUACUGAUUCCAAUAAACGAAGUGAAAUUAAAUGUUAUCACUGAAUUGUGAAUAUGUACACAAUGUAAGCUCAUAUUAUAAAGCUCUCUUGAAUAGAUUUAAUUCUGAUAAAUCUGGCACUUUCUCAAGUAAUUGUUAUCUCACAACUACUAUUAUAAUAGUAUUCUCUUCACCCGGAAAAAUAAAUGUGUCUAUAAAGUUGAUCAAUUCGAUCGAUAGUUCAGCACUCAUUGUUGUUGCUUAAGAAUUUACACAGUAAUGCAGGUAGUGUUGCUUCGAUUUUGCAAGGACAAAUACUAUAUGUGAGAAAAACAAAGAGGCAUGAGAUAUAUUUUCUUCAGUUAUUGAAUAUUAUUCUCUUUGCUGGUUCACUUUUCACCUCUGAACUACCACACAAGGUGACUGCUUUGCAAGUUGUGAUAGUGUUUUUCAGUCCAUAUAGUUGAAUUUUAAAUUCAGCCUUAGCUUUUAAACCCAACUCUUCUAUUUGACCUUGCUCGCUGUGUAUUUUCAACUCGCUUCAUCAAAUUACAGUUACUUAGUAGAACUAUAGAAUUUUCAACUCAACGCUGUGAAUAAAACUAUACAUACAGUGGACAAAUUUUCCUACAUUGCUACUUUUUAUAAGCUUGAAUGCCUGAGCCAAUACUUGGUGCAUUUUUCCACUUACCAAGUCACAUUUCAAACUCGACCAUGCAUAUUUUCAACAAAACUUAUGAUAUUUUGUUUACACUACAGUAAUCAUUGAUCAAGACCAGGGAGCCCCCCCCUUAUCUGCCAUAAUCACCCAGCAUGCAAAGAAAGUAGUGUCUGAUAACCCGGGGCUAGUGGAUUUUGCUAUCAGGCUGGUGAGUUCCGUUAUUAACUUGCCCGAUGGACAAGUGAAGUUUUUUGAGGAAUUCAAAUUACAGAAGUACUGUCAAAUCAAUCUGCUCAUCAAAACAUUUUUGGGGCUAGUUGAAAUGAUGUUUGGGCUAUUAAAUGCUAGCUUCAGCUGUAAAAAUGACUUUCUUUACACCCUGUCACCAUACUGAUAGGAAUCUAAGCAAGUGCAAACUCUGCCGCCAUGUUUGUGCAAUAUGCACUAAGCACGAUGGACUAAAGAGCCACGCACCCGACAAAGGCUUCUGUUGUCUUGACCCAGGGAGGCUCCCUGGUCUUGAUCAAUGAUCACUGAAGCGUGAAUGUAAAUUCACAAGUCGUGUUGAAAAUACACAUGGUUGAGUUUGAAAUAUGACUCGGUAAGUGGUAAAAUGCCCUGAGUAUUUGUUCAGGCAUUCAAGCUUAUAAAAAGUAGCAAUAUUGUUGUAUAGUUUUAUUCAUAGCGCCGAGUUGAAAAUUGCAUGGUUCUACUAUGUAAUUUGACGAAGCGAGUUGAAAAUACACAGCGAGCAAGGUCAAAUAGAAGAGUUGAGUUUAAAAGCUAAGGGACACGAGCAUAAAAACGUUUUCUUCUAAAGGAAGAGUGUAAAAUCUUGAAUUCAGCCAUAAAAUUCAAGUGCUGAGGUUAGAGAUUUAAAUGAUGCAUUUAAAAUUUAAACCAUGAAUUUUGGCAGGGAUCGUAUGCCAUAAGCCUGAGUUUGUUUCUACCCCCUGGUGUGCACCAAGUAAGAUUUCUAAGGGGAAUGUCAAACUGUGUUCCAUGCAAUUCUGUGUUUGUCCUUGUUUUCUUGAAAACAAUGCAUAAUGAAACAACUAUUAGAUUAGUUUUUGUGAUAUUUGGAAUAAUCAAGGUCUCAGUAAGUGUUAUCAGCCUCGGCCUUCGGCUCAGCUGAUGUCAUUUAGUCAAUCCUCUCCCUUGAUUAUUUCUGGAUAUCACAAAACCUCAUCCCACACCAUUUAUUGUUUAAUAUUAACAAAGUGAACUAAGACUGUGGAGGCACAGCCCCUGUACAUUAAUUUGUAAAUACUCAGUAUCUUACAUUUCAGUGGGUAAUUAAGGUAGCAGUGACAGUUAAAAGUAAUUAAGUGAAAUUCAUUGAUUCGUGAUUUUCCUUUCAGUACUAGGCAAACAUCUUAGGAGAACUAUACAAUAUUGUGCAGGUUAGUGACACUGGGGUUGAGGCGUUUGUAACAGAAAAUAGAAGAAAAGUCAAUGUUACUGAGAAUUUGUAUAUUACAUGUAACAACAAAUGCUGAAAAGAAAAUAGAAUACCUUAUUAUUUAUUUGAUAAAGUGCUCAACCUCAAGUAACUACCCACCUCCAAUAACCCUCCACCUUAUAAGCAGAAAAAAAAUGAAUUAUCUCCUAACCGGGAAUAAGUGCCUCCCCCAUACCAGCUAGAUUGAUAAAGACUAAGUUCUACUAAAUUAAGAGACCAAGUUUUCUUAGUACAGUAUUUUAAAGAAACUUUCAAUGAACAGUUAAAAAUCUGCUUUGGAACUCAAACAAAAUUACUCUAUCUCCAACAAAAUUACUUUUGGUGAAAACUGUUAGAAUUCAUUAAACACCCAGCCCAAAUACACGUAUUAAAGUGACCAACUUGAAUAAUGGCCCACUCUCAAGGUGCAAAACUUUAGUGAGCACCCAGGCAAGGCACUUAAUCAAAUAAAUAUGGUAUUUUGUUAUGGGACCUCUUCAUUGUAGCGUUACAUGCAGUCACAUUUUCCAGUAGGUGUAGUGCUUGAUUUAUAAACACACAAGCUGUUUUCUAAAAACUGCAUUGACAAAAUAGAUUUGAAAUUAUUGAGAAUCUAUUUUAUACCAAUACAGAAUUACAUUUCUUUUCACCCUUCAUUAAUUCGGCUUUGCUUUUUCAAAAACACUGUAUCUCAGCUCCAGGUUUUGUCCAAAUUACCUUUAGUUAAAAUUUUUUGUGCAUUUAAGAUAGACAAUAUUAUUUUGAACUACAGUGUAAAUUAACGUUUUAAAAAAAUAAUGUAUGAAAUAGCUGUAUGUAUGAUCUGGAGAUAGUUUACCUACAGUGUAUAUGUAAACUGCUUUUAAUAGACCUUUUUACCGAUAUAGCAGCCAUAUUGAAUUAAUUCGAUUUAAGGAGUAUUAUAGGAUGCCCAGGGGGCAUGAGCACAUUUAGUUGUUAUUUUGGAGUGCUUUUCGUAAAGUUUUCUUAGAAUAAGAUUGUAAUGGGAAAAAAGAUCCUUGUGCCCUGUUUGGAUGUAAUGAUGAUCACCUUUUUCUAGUUUAGCAUUAGAAAUAUGGUCUUUCACCGUAUAUUUCUAGGGAAAAAGGUGAUCAUGAUUACAUCCAAAAACGGCACAAGGAUCUUUUUUCCCAUUAGAAUCUUAUUCUAAGAAAACUUUAAGAAAAAAAUGUCCAGAAAAGCGCUCCAAAAUACAAGCGAAAUGUGCUCAUGUCCCCUGGGCAUCCUAUAAUACUCCUUAAAUUGAAUUAAUUCAAUAUGGCCACCGUAUCGGUAAAAAGGUCUAUUAGUACUCUUAUUUUGUUCGGCUGUUGAUAAUAAUAAUGUUAUUGAGGACAAUCACCUGUCUUUUUCAUUCAAUUCCCAAUUUAUUUUUGUGCAUGCUUCACAGCAGGUAUGUCAAUGCCAGAAAUUUCAAACCCAUUGAAUUUUUUGGGUGGCAACAAGCUACCUUAAACUUCAAGGACACUUUGGAGAAUUCUUGCUGAUCUCAGCAAGACUGUUCUUUGAAGUGCAGUGCCAACUCAAUCCCAGAAUUAUUUAUGUUUUUUCAGUUAAACCUCCAGGUCUUCAGAAUAGUACCCAGUGCUCCAAAACAAAAGGGGCAACUUUUACACCUUCAUCUUCCACAAGUAGUAUCUUCAUGCCAGAUGAAGAUACUUAGUCUUGUUGACUAUACUGUCUUGUCGUUGAUCUCUUGUUCGAUGUCCACCCUUUUGUCACAAGGACCUGCAAUAUUAGUGAUGAGGCAAUUUUGUUCUGUUGGUCCACACACGAUGUCAAGGCGAUUGUGAUCCAGUUUCAUUUCUGUUUAUAUACAGAAAUCCGAAAGAAAUUUGAAAGUCUUAUUAUCCUUAACAUCACAUUAUUAUUAUCAUUAUUAUUGUAAGUUGUGGUUGAUGAUGUUAUUAUAAGCAUGGGUAGUAAAGAGGUUCAUACACGUGUACAAAAAUAAGCUACCUUAACCACUAUUUUGGGCACUAAUUUGUGGUUAUUGCUCACUUUGUUCAAUGACUGUGCUUUGCAGAUUUUAGCAAAACAGUUGAAGGUGCGAACAGAUGGUUGAGGAGACCCUACAGCAGCUAGAUGCCAGCUCCUUGGUUAAUUCUUCCAAACCCCAGAGUUUAAGGAGAUCCACCUACAAGCCAACCACCCUUUAGUUCACAUGCAUGGCCGUUGUCGUUGAUUAGCAGUGGAGCUAGUUGUCACACCAGUACAUCCUCCUCCACUGCAGCCUCCCUCCCCACAUUCUCCUUUACUUUAAGGAGUGGCAGUGAUGAUGAACAUAGGAUGGAGAAUGGAUGGAUUACUCUCUAGUUGUUGCCAUUGUUUGAUUAAAUUUAAUAUCUUCACUUUGAAUUCUGUUUUAAUUUUUGCAAAACUUUUUUUUAGAAAAAAUUGAAAUGUUUUGAAAUCACUCAUUCUGAAUAUUCCAAUCAACCUUGCAACUGUACCUUGUAUAUUUCUGUGAAUGAAUUGUCAACAUGUCCGAACACUUUUUAGAGGUAGGUUUAUCAACUGACACAACUUUGCACGUUUUCCUGUCAGAAUUAUCAAACUUUGUUCCUGUAUUUGAACUUUAAAAUAAAUGAUGUUACGCGAUUUAAAACCUGUGUUUUUCCCUCAUGCGUUGGGCAAUUAGUUAAAGUGAAUAAGACUGGGGCGGUGAUAAAAAUGGUAGAAUGGUCGGAACUGUUAAAAAUCAUUUUCAGUAUAAUACUGCAACCCCACAAGUAAGUCCCUGAAAUGCAAUGAAGUGCAAUGCUGACCAGGAAACAUAUCGUGAGGUAUCAAUGUAGUGAAAAGGCGGUAUCACUUUUUUCAAUAUCAUGAAUGGAAAUUGAAAGUAUCGUCAAAUUUAGUACAAUAAACGUGUUGCAAUUUUCGCGUAUCAGGGAGUUUUGCCACGAUUUCAACAUCGGUAAUUUCAUGAACCGUGGAAUUCCAGUGGUGUUUGAGUCCCUGGUAUUUCACGUAUCAUGGAAUUUCGGGGAAGUGAAAACACUCGAAACUUCAUGUAUCGUGGAAUUUCAUCGCAUUCUACGGAAUAGAGUCUUCACGUGUCAUGAACGUUUGGAGUAUAAAUUAGGAUAACACAAUCCGUAGCGUGGAAUUUUAGUGAAAAUGAAAGGCAAAAAUUGUAGCGUUCAUCAACGGCACUCCAUGACUCUCGGCAAAUCUAGAAAAAUAAGGACGUUUACAGGUCUUGACACGCCGCGUUUCAAUGACGUGUCCGGAUAUCGGAUAUUCCAUGCCGCGGAAAAAGUUCGAUUCAGGAAAAAUACGGGUCCUGAUACUCAAUGUAUACGCUGCGUGUCCGGAACCCGAUACCUCUCCAUACUUCCGUUUUUCUCAAGAAUACGGGUUCGUAUCGACUAAUAUCGGGACCAUGACACAACUCAUUUCGCACGUCAAAGGUGAAGUCAAAGUUACCAGCCUAUUUGACAACGUAGCCUGUAGACAAACGUUGUUUCAUUUUUCUUUUCGUUCUUUUAAAAAACAUCGGCGAGCGCGCGAAAAAGAAAAAUAGAGAAACAGACGUUCUUUAGUUGUUUUAUUUUUCUUUUCGUUCUUUUCAAAAACAUCGACGAGCUCGCAAGAACGAGCGCGGAGCGAGAUAAAGAAAAAUAAAUAACGUCUGUAGACAUCUUUGGCAAGAAAGAGGUUUAUUAAGUCCCUCCCCCAUUGCAACGCCUCAUCAUUAUCACCUCCUCGUUCGCAGUAGCAAUUAUAUUGGACCAAUGGAAUUGGAGCAAUAAAUUGCUUGUGUGAUUCCCUUAAGUAUUUUACAAUGAAACAACAAUGGCACUCGGUGUCGCGUGUUUGUUGAAGCAUGUCUUCUUAGACCCUCCUCAGCCUGGUUCUCGGCUUCUAGGUCGAAAAGCCGGCUAAUAGAGGUCCGAAGCCGCAACAAAUCGGCACAUCGGAUUAUUGUAGGACAAGUGGGUGGUUUGUAUACCUCAAUAGAACUGGGCAAUUAUCCCAUUCCCGUAAAGCUACAGAGAAUCUUUUUUUGAGAGUAUUCGUCAAGGUGUUACAAAACGAAAGUUGGCGGACGAUUUAAGAGAUCUUGGUUUUACCGUUUCGCAAACAGAAGAUUAGCCAAGAAGGGUUUGUUCGCAUUGCAGUAAUCAGGUUAGAAGCACCCGAGCUAGAUUUUUUUAUUCAAGCUAGCUUUCAAGAAAGCGAGCACGACGAUGAUAGCUUUCCGUUUUUAAAAUACAGAAUGUCUGCAUCACCUCAUGGUUCCCCGGCAAGGUAAUGCAGUGACUGAAAUGCAAGCUUCUCUCAUUGCUUCAACUUGAUCAUUGAUAACACUUCGUAAUGGUGAUGCAACUACAUUUCCACGUUCUUUUGUUUCUUCGUUUGAUCAUGAAUUUCACUGCCGCGAACAACUGCUAAAUUAAACUUUUCGCAAAACCCGUAGGAAGAACACUCACAACAUCCUUUUGCUCCAGUAAACCCAAAAAUAGCCUGGCGCUGCUCUUCUUUGAGUACGUAUUUGCUUGAAAAUUUUGCCAAACAGUCCUCAUAGUCUACCUUCCGAUACAAAAGACAAUUAUGAUCAACAUGGUCAACACAAGCUUGUCGCAUGACUCCAUCCCAAGCUCACAACUCGGCGGCGCUUCGAUGUUAUUUUUUAUGCAAGUUACAAUAGUAGGUGUCGCGGUUAGCGCGUACCUUGAUGACAAACGCUUCUAAUCGCACGACGCGAGCGUGAUGAGUCGCUGACAGGAUGAUGACAAGGUAAUCGCCGUUCAGCCAAUGGUAAUUUCCUUUUCCUGAGAAAAGUAAGUUUCAGUUGCUCCCAAAGAUGUCUACAGACCAUCUAUUUUCUUCUUCCCCACCCCUACCCCCUUGCGCUGGCGGUCAAUAAAUCUCCCGCGGUUUAUAUUCUAUCACGCGCGCUCGACGGACUUUGAAGAGAAAAUAGGGGGUCUGAUAACGGGCUAUUGACAGCGCCUUUGACAAGCGUUAAAGGAAUAGCAAAGCGUUGACGUAUUUGACUUCAUCUUUGACGCGCCUCAAAGGUGAAGUCAAAGCUCAUACCAUAUUUGACUUAACCUUUGACGCGCGUCAAAGUGCAGUAAAGCCAAUUUAUCGUCCCAUGGACAACUAACGCCGUUACCCUUCUCUUUCAUUUUCCUUGUAAAAUAAACGAAAUAUGAGAAGCCUGCAUGCUGGCUACGCUUGAAGAAGGUAAAGGCCUGAAAUAUGGAUAGCUCAGGCCUAUCCGCAGGCUGGAUUCUUAUGCCAGUACUUGGUUUAAAGGAUUGUUUGUCAUGUAAUUCCUCUGAAUAAAUCAAAGUAACCUUUUCGUUUAUUAUAAUUUCAGAUCGCUAACGAGAGUAACGAGACAGCAGCUGUCUGCUUGGCAAAUCACUUGACUACAUUUUCUGGCAACUUCUACGUCAUCCCAAACAAUAUUGACUUCAACAAAGUGUUCAAAGACCUCCCGCCAGAUAACUUGGCUGUCCUGCUUACCGUUUGCAUUACUUUUGCAGUCUACGCUUUGGGUCUUAUCAUUGCAAGAAGAGCGGAUAACAGAGACAAGAUGAAGGUAAAUGUGUUUUGUGGUUUUGAUUCUGCUUUAAACAUUGUUAGACAUCUCGUGAACUAAAACGUUCUUAGUAUCUACAAAGUCUAUAAGGUAUACUAAAAAAAGAUGGUAAGCUAUCUCCAGAAUCCAGGUUAUAAAGGUUGGUUUAGUGGUUAUCUUUGAGAGGUUUUUUUUCUCUUUUACAGAUUAUUAACACAAUAGCGUCUUCUUGCGACGACGAAGAAGAAAACUGCUACAGUUAUGAAGUGUCCAUUCAAACUGGGAUGUGGCACCUUAACGGCACAACAGCUCGCGUGGGAAUCCGACUAUUUGGCGAAGAAGGUAGCAGUAAUAAAAUAUGUUUCAUGGAUCCCUGGCAAAAAGCCAAACUCUUCACUCGUGGUAGUGUAAACACAUUCACUCUCAGCCUGCCAGCACAUAUGGGAAAGCUGUACAAGAUACAGAUUUGGCACGAUAAUAGCGGAAAAAGUCCAUCCUGGUUUUUGUACCAAGUUGUGAUUAGAGACAACUCUACCAACGAAAAGUGGCAUUUCGUAGCAAACAGAUGGCUGUCUGUAGAAAAGUUGGACGGUGCUGUUGAUGUGGAAGUCUGGGCCGCCACAAAUCGACAAAUGGAAAGUUUCACAAGAUUGUUUCACAGGCGCGUUGUCACAAACUUUGCAGACAAACAUUUAUUUCUCUCCCUUUUCACCAGACCACCGCAAAAUUCUUUUACACGAUGUCAACGUCUAACAUGCCUGUUUUCAAUCGUAAUGAUUUCUCUAGUAACCAAUGCCAUGUUUUAUCGCUUGGAAAAGUCUAGGGAUUCAGACGAUCUAUCUAAUUCAUUUCAAAUUGGCCCUUUGGAAAUGAGCUUGAGGCAAAUCGUCAUUGGUGUGCAAUGUGGGCUUAUCGCUCUUCCUGUAAGCAUAGGGACGGUAUUUAUAUUUCGGAACAUUAAGAAAACAAUACCAAGUGACAAUUUCGAUACAGCAACAAGGAAAUCCAGGCAAGGCUUCCUACCGCCGUGCUUUGUCGUAAUUGGAUGGAUGAUCUGCCUGACAACCUCCAUUUCCUCAGGAACAUUCACCGUGUUUUACAGCAUCCAGUGGGGAGCGGAAGUGUCCAAUAGAUGGUUAUUAUCUGUCUGUAUAACGGUACUUCAAGAUAUCUUGAUCAAUGGACCGAUCAUUAUUAUUGUUAAUACCGCAAUCACAUCCCUGUUAAAGAUAAAGCAGACUGGCACUACUAGCGAGGUUGAGGUUUCGCGCAGGGGAAACUUGGUGUUUCACGGAAGUGGAGACGUAAAUAUCCGGCAGCCGUCUGAUGAAGAGCUGCAAAAAAUGCGACAUUUGAGGCUACACCAAAGAAAAAUGUAUCGUUUCUUUAUUGAACUGGGCAUUUACACCGCGUUUAUCGUUCUCUUAAUGACUGUCUGUUAUGGAAACCGCAAGCCGUCAAGAUUUCGACUGACAAAAUCACUCAAAGAUACUUUCAGCAAUUUUAGCAAGGUACAGGGAAACCAGAGAUGUUCCCCAACUGUUUUCAGCACUUACACUUUGACGAAUCAACUCUAUUUGAAAUGGCUCUUAUCGCUUAACCAAUGACCCCAUUAAACUUUGCAAAAGCCCGUAGCUUAGGGUCGUGAACAAAACUUUAAAACAAAACACAGAAUACGACUAUACUAAAUUAUGACCAUUUCCAACAACCUGGAGUAAAAAUUUAGAUUCAUUAAAGUGUAGGUGCAUUCUUUAGGAGUCACCUUAACCUAUCUGACCUUGCUGUACAGUCCUCAGAACAGCCACCAUCUUGUAUCAGUUACCUCAGAGUCAAAUCGGCCAAGAGUUCUUCAGUACGUAGAACGACAUUUAAAGUUGAAUUCUUGAAUAUUGAGUUCACUCAUAGUUCACUUACACAGCAGUAAGCGGGAAAAUUCCAGAUUUACCACAAAAUAUCAUUCUCAGCGAAUUUUUACAUAUCUGAACAAUAGAAGUUUUCUUUCUGUAUAUGACGAAGUCAUGGCUUAAAAAGCGAUUUUAAGAGAGAUAUUCAAUAUUUCAUUUAAGUGUCAGACGCACUUUUUUCUGACUUGUUUGGAAAGCCGGUCACGCUUAAUGGAGCACGACUGUAUAAGGUCAAGGUAUGAGGAGGUUUGCUUGGUUCGUUAACUCUUACCAACAGAUGUUUCUUUUUCUUCCAAAUUGUUUCAAUUAGACUGACUUCUCGAAUUUUCUCGCUUAGAAGAUGGAUGCGCCAAUUCAAUCAGAAUUCAAUUCUUAAAUCGAAGAUUGUUUUGAUUUCUUCAAAUACUUCAACUGAACAACGCAAAAUUAAAACCAAUAAUGAAUCCAGUAUUGAAACAAUCAUGUUCAAUUUUUGUUCUUCCUCGGAAAGAUUGACCGGGUUUCACUGUAAAUAAAAGGUAUCUCAAUAAAAGGUAUCUUUAUUACUUCCGCAUAUACUGAAGAACUCGUUUUGGAAGUAUACAGCGCUUUUGAUCCAAACAUUAACAAGAAUAACAGUAGAGCGAUUUUCGUAUGACCUUGAAAUGAAAACGCGCAAACAAAACAGAAACAACAAACGAACGGAAAUACAGCGAUUUGAUUGGUUUGUCGAACGGAUACAAACGCGCGUGGCUUUUGGUUGGUUAAGCGAACGCUAGGCUGAAAAAAGUUCCUGCCCGAAGAACUGUCUAAAAAGCAAUGGAUACUUCGCUUACUUACUUCCCUCUUCCAUAUUAGGGUUUUCUUUAGCGGGAAAACGAAGAGUCCAUGUUUUGAUCUUUUCAUCCAUUGACUGAUAAAACAAAUAACGACCACUUACCGAAACCAUUUUUCAAGGUCAUACGAAUAUCGCUUUGUUCUCAAAUAUCCCAUGUCCCUUUCCCAGUCCACUAAACUGCAGCUAUAUUCAUGACUUCUAGGUGGAAGAUCCCAAAUCAUUUUGGAAAUGGUUUGAAAACGAAUUAGUUCCAGGUCUCUAUGACGCACGUUUGUACAAUGGACACCCAGCUGCUCACUUUGAUGAUGAACUCCUAAGAGGCAAGAUCGGAUAUACAGUUGGCAUGCCAAGGCUUCGACAAAUACGAAUAAAACAAGGUAGGUGGUUUUCCUAACGUCCUAUAGUAUGAUCUUAGGUGCGUUAUAAGCUUAGUGAUAUAGAAAAGUUAUUCGGUUGUUUAAAGAACCUGGUAUCGGCUUGAAAACUAAACGAGAACAGUGGGGUAAUCAAUUGUCAAACCGUUUUGCUUUUUGUUUGUUUGUUUGUUUAAAAUUCAGGUAACGACCAAAAGAAUUCUGCCAAAACAUGUCUUGAGAUACCACUUAAUACAUUUUUAAAUUUAUUUUCUAAUUGACAGAAUCUACCUGUGAAUUAUUUCACGUAGAACCCUUAUUUCGACCUUAUUUCAACCGAUGUCUUGCCGACGUAUCUGGAUCAAAUAAGGACACCGCCCCAUCAUACAAACCCUUGUGGAAGCCCAUGGAUUCGACCCAUGAUCAAAAUUCAAAAGAAUCCUAUUCAUUUUGUCCUGAACCUUGGCAAUAUACGAUGCCCGAGAGUGCUAGUGAACUUAUUCCUUACGGCGCUGGUGGUUACAUAGCCAAGAUCGGUUACGAUAAUGAAACCGCUUUGAGAGUCAAACAGAGCCUUGAAGAAUUCAACUGGAUAGACGACAGAACAGCUGUAAUAUUGGCGGAAUGUGUUAUUUUCGAACCUGCGAACCUGCUGCUGACAAACGUUAUGAUUGUAUUAGAGAGAUUCUCGACGGGUUUUACAAAAAAGACGGUGGUCGUGGUUCCUGUUCACAUUUUUCCUUCAUCUGAUUCUGCAUUGCGGUUGUUCUAUCACAUUUGCAUUCUGUUAUGGUCAGUACUCACUGUAGUGCUGGUGGUUCUUGAAAUUGUUAAGGUUUUCAAGCAGCGAAGUUCGUAUUUUAAGGCUUUCUUUAACUGGAUCUCUUCUUUUCAACUCCUUUCUUCUGCUACUGCAAUGUUGCUUGUCUUUUUGAAGGAAAACGAUUUGAGAGAUUUUCUUCAAAAAAUAAAGGAGGAUCCAUUUGGCUACUGGACUUCAUACGAACUCGUUAAGUGGGAGACUUUUGAAAACGUUGUUUUGUCAAUCACAGUUGUGUUGACCACAGUUAAGAGCCUUAAGCUUAUUCAGAUAAACCGUCAUAUUCACAUAAUGAAGUCAACGUUAGAGGCAGCGUGGAGCUACAUUUGUUCUUUCUCCUUUAUAGUUAUUCUCCUCGCUCUUGCAUUCGCCCAGCUUGGAACACUCUUGUUUGGUACAAUGGAUGAGGAAUAUUCCACUCUCUAUUUCUCUCUUAGGUCGGUUUUUCAAAUGGCCAUUGGAAUAGGAAAAAUGCGUUCAAAGCUAAGUAGUGGACCCUCGUCCCAAAUGUUUGUUCCCCUAUAUCGUAUGGCCUGCAUGCUUGCCUUGACUAUUGUCUUCACGGAUACGUUCAUUGCCAUCUUGGAUGAGGCAUACCAUCAAGCCAGCCACGGGAGAAAUCCCGGGGAGGAGCUUGGUGAUUUCAUUAAAAAUCGCCUAAAAGAUGGGUUAAAACGGUGUGGUCGGAAAUCUAAGAAGUUUUUCGUGAAAUCGAUACGUAAAAACUUUUUGAAAUUAGGAACUGCGAAAGAUCAGAUCAGAGGAAGCAACACAGAUAUUACGAGAGAUUUUGAAACUGACCCACUUUUGUGCUCUGAAAGUUUGAACCAAGACGACGGUUUUCCCAUCCAGUCCGUUCAAGGGCGAAACUGCGAUGGCCAUGAAGGCGGGUGUAAGCAGGAGACUAGGGCCAUGCUUGCCGAGACUGAGAGCCUUUUUUCCUGUGACGAUUUACCUGAUCACGGUGCUGACAAUCAGUGGGUAGAUAAAGGAGCCGGCUUUGAAGGACAUUAUUCCAUCAAAGAAUCGCGGUACAAAUUUCCUCCAACUGAAGAGGAUCUUCUAUUGUCAGAUUUCAAGGAAGCGAUGGAAUAUUCAAAGUCAGUACUCGAAGAAUUUGUCUGGGAAAACGAGUACGACGCCAGAUCUUUGUCAUCUAUUUCUUGGAAAGACGACAACUCUGAAAACUGGAAUUACUCUUUGUCUACGUCGUUGUCGUUUGGCGUCAACAGAACGGUGUGCAACUGCAACAGAGACGAUUCGGACAUAAAUUAA